AGAGAGAGCAGAGAGACACGGUAACCUGCAGAAGGACCAACUCACAUGGUCCUGCUGCAGCGGAGCCCAGACCCCCAGGAGUCCCCCGCACCUCUUCCUCAAUCCAGUUUGGCUUCAACCUUCUUAAUUUUAGGAAAAAGAAGAAGAAGAAGAAAAUACAUUUUAAUUUAAUUCCAUUGUUUUCCUCGCAUCCUUCCUCCCGCUGCCCAGUGUCGGUCAGACUCGGGCCGGUAACGCUGCGCCAUGGCUCGGGAGAACGGAGACACCGGCAGAGGAGAGACGUGGAAGAAACAAGUCGACGAUAUCAAGAAGAUUUUUGAUUUUAAAGAAGUCCUGGGCACGUAAGUACCUGCAGCAUGUGGCUUUCACUGAGUCUAUCUUUAAAACAAUGGGGCUCCAUAGAGAGAGUUUACACUGAACUGUACUUGUAUAUUAAAUUAUUCUGGUGACUCUACUUUAAAGCAUAAAACUAUACGCCAACCACUUAGGAAACUAUUUUAUUCAGCCUUUCAGGUUGGCUGUCAUUCAUUUAUCAUAAUUCAUGUUAUUGUUAUUAGUCAGGCUUUCACAACUUCCUAAAACUACCAAGGUUUACUCUCUCAGCUUGUAUUAAAGGGGAAAUCCUGAGCAAAGUGCAUCCAUAUUUACACAGUUUCCCCUUUAUUGAAUCUUGACAUGUUUAUCUUGUUAUCUUAUUUUUUUCUAAUACAUUUGACAAUAAGAUAACAAGCUAAUUGAAUGUGUUGUGAUGGAUGAAAACAACUCAAAUUGUUAGCGUUUAACAAAAAUGUAGCUUUUAACACACGUUUUAAGGAUUAUUUGGCUUAUACAGAAAAUGCAAAAUUGAUUUGGUCUUUGCAUUCAUCUCUUUAUUAUAAAAUAUUUCAGGUGUCCAUAUCCUACUGGAAGAAAAUGACUCUUUUUCCAACAAACACCAUGCAGCCGUAUUCAUGUUAGGUGUUGAUUUGUUGCUAAAUCAGGUCUAUAUGGCGGGUGACCCUCAUGCUAUGACUACUAUCCCUUUAAAGUUGAUGUUGAUUUAGUGGAGUCCGGUCUUCUGUAUGCAGUGUUUAUGCAGGGACUUGAAAGAGACGGUGGUGCUUAUAACUGAUUUAUUUUCUGGUUUAUCCCUUUGGCAUACUCUGUAAUAGUCCUCCAGGGGAUUUUCUUGUUGAUGACAGGGAGGCUUUAACAGCUCGCAGGAAUUUUGAUCUCUCAGCAAGCAGCAGCCCUAUCACCGUUACACUCUUAGUCUUUUUCGAGUAUUCACAUCCACGUGGGUCACAAGGAGGUUUUACUCCUCAGCGUCCUUGUUAGGAAGGGAAACGUCUCCUCUCGCCUUUCUCUUCUCCACCCUUUGUCCAUCCUCUCCCAUUCCUCUCGUUCAAAUAGUGAUAGAUCACAGGUGACGCCCCCUUGAAUCUCUGACAGCCAGUCCCUGUGAGCGUCUGUCCGCCCGCUCUCCUGCUGUGAGGAAUGAGCUGCGUCUGUUUGGAUGGAAGCCCGGAGAGGGGGGACACACAGGCAAGGAUGCAGAUUGGGAUUAACUGCGUAGGGAUUAGGAAAAGUUCCUCUUAGUGGAAGGAAGUUCAGUCAUGUUGAAACAAGAAUGUACAUCUCAGACUGGAUGUGAAUUACACACUCAGGAUGCAGACUGGCACAGGACUUACUGAUGCGAGUCGGCCAUGUUGCUGCCAAACAUUAACCAAAGCUGCUGACGGGUCCUUGAACCUGAUGCAUCAGCAGAAAAGAAAGAAAGACGAGGAUGAAGGAGAGGAGGAUUAAAUAAAUGGAAGAGGGAGUGAUUCGUUGUUGUCAGACACUAACAGAUAAGCUGUCAUCAGCAAACACCACCAUGAAAAAAAAACAGAAAUACAGAUUAUAACAGAUGUGUUCAGGUGCAGCAGCACAAGCGGGGAAAAUUAAACCUCCAGGCUAUUCCGCAUGUCACUGCAGUGUUGGAUGUUUCUGCAUCAGCGUUUCUGAGCUGCGUCUGCACUAACAGGAUGUGAUGUCAUAAACUUGGACACCGACCUAUCGUAUUCCGUCUCCUUGCUCUGGCUUGACCUUGCAUGCUCUGGUUUUGGUAUUCCGUCUAUUAAUAUCCUUCCUUAGUGAGAUGACACACCGUUUUGUGCGCUUUACUGCUGGAUUAAAGUUGUCGGUUUUAUCGAACGCUGACAGGUGUGUCGCUGUGAGUUAGUGUGUGUUUGCAAGCAUGUCCAUGAGGCACUCCUCGGUGUCUGAUUACACUCUCCUGGUGUGUAUGCAGUGGGUGGCCCCGUCUCUGUAUUCAAUAAUUCAGCACCAACAGAGGUGUGUGCUUUGUGCGUGUGUGUGAAUUGGUUGUCCGCAGGAGGGGUCAAAGUGAGAGCAAGUGCGACUUCCUCACCUGGCAAGAUAAAACUACCGUAACAGGUUUUUUCCUCAGGAUUAUUGUGGCCAAGAUAUAAUCAUGAUAAUUAAGAAAAAAAAAAGAGCUGUUGUAAAUUUGGGGGAGGCAACACAAGGGUGGAGCAACAGUCCACUUAAUACACUUUUAAUGAUGUUCAAAAGUUACGUAGCUCAGUGGCUGAGUCAGUCGUCUCUUGUUUGUAAGUUCGAAUAUCGUUGUCCACACGCCAAAGUCUCUGUAGCGACUGCUUUCCUUCAACAAAAAGGACACUGGGGUUUAGGUUCGCUUGCAUCCUUGACUUGUUUAAUUGUCGGUCCGGUUUGAGUGUUAAAAGGUGGUUUGUUGUUCCAAAAAAGAAAAGAAAAGAAAUUGAUCCAGGUCCAAAUCUUUUGCCUUUGAAUGAAAAAGUGACAUGAUGAAAAUGAGGUUAAAACAGGACGAUUGAAACGGUCAACAGAAAAUCAUCAGAGCUCACCACAACCCAUUGUCUGACUACACCGCCAAACAUCCCAAAACCAAAACCACAAAAAUCAUACUUUCAACAACUCUUAGCUCCUAAAGUCUACGUGGGCAAUACAUCUGACCCCAGCCUGACCCCACUGGCUGCAUCUAGUGUUUUCUGAAUGAGAUUAGUUAAAGCUGAUGGCGCUCUAAAUAGCAUUCACGAUGGGUGAAUGUGACAUUUAAUGGAAAAAGGCUUUGAGUGGUCAGAAGAUGCGAGAAACCGCCAUAAAGGCACCAUCUGUUAAUGAACGCUCAGUGACUUUCUGUGUGGGAUUCUGCUUUAGACUGUGUCCAUAAACACCUGCCUGUUUUACAAAGUCCGUCAACUUCUUCUUCAUCCAUUUUUUGUUUUAUGGUGAUAAGAACCGACGCAAAGAACCGCCACCACCUCUACCGUCUUUGCCGAGCUAAAGGUUGUCGUCGACAGAGUGAUGUGAAAGUGAGUUUUAUCGAGUCACCUUGACUCUGAGUCCAGUCCUGAGUCCUUGGUGUUCAGGCUCACACUGCUAAGAAGAAUAAGAGUCAAAUCUGAGUUCUAAUUACCCAAGUUCUAGUCUUGAAUCCUAAAAAUCAGGACUUGAGUUCAGGUCUUUUUUACUGUGUCCAUAAACACCCAUCUAUUUUAAAAAGUCUGUCAACUUUUCUUCAUCCUUUUUUGUUUUAUGGCGAUAAGAACCAACCCAAAGAACCACCAACCCCUCUACCGUCUUUGCAAAGCCGAAGGAGUGUGGUUGUCGUCGACAGAGCGAUGUGAAAGCGAGUGUUAUUGAGUCACCUUGACUCUGAGUCCUUGGUGUUCAGGCUCACUCUGCUAAGAAAAAUAAGAGUCGAAUCUGAGUUCCAAUUACCCAAGUUCUAGUCUUGAAUCCUAAAAAUCAGGACUUGAGUUCAGGUCUUUUUUACUGUGUCCGUAAACACCCAUCUAUUUUAAAAAGCCUGUCAACUUUUCUUCAUCCUUUUUUGUUUUAUGGCGAUAAGAACCGACGCAAAGAACCGCCACCACCUCUACCGUCUUUGCCGAGCUAAAGGUUGUCGUCGACAGAGUGAUGUGAAAGUGAGUGUUGUGGAGUCACCUUGACUCUGAGUCCAGUCCUGAGUCCUUGGUGUUCAGUCCCACUCUGCUAAGAAGAAUAAGAGUCAAAUCUGAGUUCCAAUUACCUAAGUUCAAAUCUUAAAAAUCAGGGCGUGAGUUCAGGUCUCGCCCCAGUUGGGAUCCUUUCUGUAAUAUCGUCAGACUCAGAAUAACAGAACUGUCAGCAGACCGGCUAAACUUGUAAAAAUAAGGCCAGGUCUAAACAAACUACAAUUCCUCUUUAAGGCUGGAGGUCAGGGAUAAAUGCUCCCUCUAAAGAAAGCGUGCGUGCAUGUGGUGGCCAUGACAGUGAUGCAUUGUGGGAAUGUCACUGUGCCAUCUAGGGCACUCUGCCCUUAAUUGAUGCUCCACUUCCCUGCUGCUGGCACUGUUCUGCUCACUCUUUCUGGGACUGCAGACCCCCCCGUCCCUCCUCCUCCUCUUCCUCUUUUUUCCUCUCCCUUCAUGUCUCUCUACAGUACACCUCCCUCUUUACCGCUCUGUCUUUCUGCCACUCAGCUCCCCGUGUGGCCGCUUUCCCUUUUUUCAGCUUUUUUCACAGAGUGUAGUAGAGGACAUGGUGCAGUUUUUGAAGUAUAAAUAGCUGACCAUAAAUAGAACAAAAGAUGAUUGUUUGCAAUGUGACAAACUUCCAACUACAAGUGGACUGCCUGCCCAGGCUUUUAAUAGUGUGUGUGUUUGUGAAAGUGUGCGACCAUGUCUACAUUCACACAAAAAUGCGACCAGGCUGCAGUGAAAUUCUCAAUACUCUCAGUAUGUCGACGAGCUUAUUCUCUCUUCAUGCAUCCAUCUGUUCCCUCCUCUUCCCUUUCUCUGCCAGGUUUUGUGUUGCGCAGCUCUCCUCUCAGGCUGACCAGCUCCACUGUAAUUGAUUGUCGUUUCUCAUCUUGUUUAUUCAUGUUUUCUUUCUGAGCGACUCCUGCGGGCUUCCAAACUCACUUCGCAGUCUCGAUCGGCAGAUGGAUUCGCCGAGUCAUCUGGAAAUAAAUGAUCAUUGCUUUCGACAAGAUCUACCGAGUGAGGCUGGGUGAUGCAGAUGUGAAUCAAACUUCUCACCGUCUGAGUAACAUACCUUGAUAACGGGGAUGGAAAUUGAACAGUGUUGACGUGUUGCUAGGAAACUAGGUAGUAAACAAAACCUUAGCAGACAAAGAAGAUGAAACUUCCCUAAAAGACAGUACAGAGCUGGAAAAGUGACGACGUUUAUUCAUCAUUUGACAAACAGCCCAUUAGCCUUUUGUGAACACAGACUGUUUUGAGAGGUGAUUCGUCAACAGGGAUACUACCUGAUAGGAACAAGCUUAAGGCAAUUUAACAAGGGGCAUAUCGCAAACAUGCUUCGGUCAAUGAUUCGAUUCGUACCCAGUGCAUGUGAACUUGAACAAGUCGUGCUAUAAAGGUAGCUUGAAUUAUCUUAAUUUGACUUAACUCUAAACUAAACUGUAAACAGGCUGAUUGUGACAGUAGACGGUAUCUAACCUGAUAUAGGAAAUAUGUGUCAGUCGCAAAGGACCAAACUCCAAUAGCCAGCGUCCGAGUGCCAUUUGGGACCAUUAUGUUGAGGUUGCUAACCUGAGAAGGAAACCCUGCCCUCGCAUAUCGUAGAUUUAGAUUUAAUCCUCGGAUGUUUACGAAUAUAAUGUGUUAUAAUUUGAUCUGCAUACUGGACUGGAUUCGUAGGGACCCUACAUGAUGCUGAGUGCUGUUAGUCUAGCUAGUCAUCAUUAGACACAUCGGUCAAGCUAAUUUUUAACGGCUCCGAUCCGGAACUGCAGCAAUUUUCGCCUUGCGACAAUUCCUACCGGAUCCGUUUGUGAGGCAAAUUUCGUGGCGGAUUACGAACAGCAGGAAUCAAACUCACAAGAACCCGCGGAUCACGUGUAAUUGCGCCAUAACAAGUUGUCUUUAGCCACAGAGGCUAACCAUAUAAGCAGUAGAUUGUGUCCUUCCAGAGGAGAAAAUCUACUUCUAGAUUUAUAAAAACAUCAUCCUCUCAUCCACGGUGUCAUCAGGAUGAAAUUCCUUCUAUAAACUUUUCACUUGUUCAUCCCCGCCCGUUUGCAUGGUGUGAAAUAUGAUCCGCCUGAAACACGGAGUGUUUUAUUUUGAAAAGAAGCUGGAUGUUUUACUUUGUGUCUGUGCCCGACUUCCUUUCCAGCACGGGUUAAUCUCUGCUGAAUUUAUCUGGCAUGAUCCAGCGUCCGGAAAAAAUAGAACUCUUGCGAUCAGCUGCGGAGUCUGGCGAUCCGCAGCGGAAUGGAAAGAAGCCGUUGGAAAUUGAGACAUUAACUGGAUGUGGCCUUUUCAUAGCCGUUCUGGAUGCGGUGGAAAUUAGGGGUUAAGUUAUUUUCUAUAUUCCUGCUUUCUCAUCUUCUCUCACAUAGAGGAUAGGACAGUAGAUCGGGCUGGAAACUGGGAGAAGGUGGGGAGGUCAGGGGCCGCAGGUUGGGAUACAAUACAAGCGGCCUGCUUGAGGUCUAUAAUCUCUACAUAUGUAGCGUGCGAUGUAACCAUUAGGCCAAACCAGCGCCCUCGUUAAACUAAUCAUCAUUUUUUCUUAAUGUUGGUGUGAGGUGCCAGCCAUAUGUUGUGUCUUAGCUAAAGCUCAGCCAUCUGCCAAGAGCUGUGUCUGUAGCCCCUGGGGAUGCUGCGAAGUGACUGAUUUCUGGGCGGUUGAAGAAAAACGUUGAAAUUGAAGAUAAUUUAUUUAAGACAUCUAGACCAGUGGUUCUCGACUGGUCUCACUCCGGGACCCACAUUUUCCCAUGGUCCUUAAGUCGCGACCAACUUUUAUAGAAUUCAAACCAAGCGAAUUUGUUUUUUAUUAGAAAAAAACCUUUAAAGACUCUAAUCUUUAAUAUAAAUCCACUUGUUUUAUUGAGUAAGGGGCAUUUCAGAGCAGAUGAAGUGGACAACAUGAGGACGGCAACUACUGAAGUUGCAUAUACAGAAAAUAUCAAAUAUCUGAUAAAUAUCGCAUUAAAUAUUUACUUUUUUGACCAGCUGUUCGUGACCCAUCCAGAACGUAUCCGCGACCCACUUUUGGGUCGGGACCCACCAGUUGAGAACCACUGAACUAGACAGUGUCAAAUUGGUUAGCUGUGUGUGGCUAACAUAUUUAGAUGUCAACAAGCUCAGGCGACUGAUUGUGUACAUCAGUGCAGGUUUUGGCAGCAUCAAGAUGUUGUUACCGAAAGAAGGCCCCACAUCCCACCAAUGGCGAGUUUUCUACUGCAGCUGUGUGUGUAAUAAUCCCCUUAACACACCAUUCCCUGAGAAACAGGACAGUGUGUGUAGUCCAAAGGUUGGGAACCCCUGCUCUAAUGGUUUUUGCUGCUGUCAUUGUUGAGUUGUUGAUGACUGUGACUGCGCCGGUGAUGCUAUUGCUAUUGACAUCACUGUUGACGUCUGUUCUUUUAGUUUUGGAUGAGCUGAGGAUUUCAAAACACUGAAUAUGCUGUUUCUCAUUUUGCUAUCUCAGUGCUACUAAACUUGAGCCACAGUCAUGUCACACAACCCUCCCACACACACACACACACACACACACACACACAAACACACACAAACAGGAGGACGAUUUAAAGCAACAACGUCGAUUCUCUUCUCUGGACACGCAGCAAAUAAAACACUUACACUUGCCAGCUGUCAAGUCCUCCCUCAUCACUAAAUGAGUGAAUUUCUGCAUCUGUGUGUGUGUGAGAGUGUGAGAAAAGGGGGGAGGGGAGAGGGACUGUCUAACCCUCUGCACUGGUUGAUGCAUGUGUCCAGACCUCUGAGUAUUAAUGAUCAUAAACUUUAGUCCAUUAUCGGAUCAGUGCUCUAUUUUAAGCUCUCGGGUGAUCACAUCCAGCUUAUAACAGCCCCCAGCUGAAGGGUUGCUGUGUUUGUGUGACAGCUGUGUGCGUGCAGUGGAGCUGCUGCUCAUGUAUGUAAACACAACCACAUGUUCAAAAAAAUCAUUCAGAAGCUAAAAUAGAGCGAUGAAUGAAAGCGAUACUGUCAGUGCCAACGAAUCAUUCAGUGUGUAGGGAUGUUAUAUUUUCACUUGCAGAUUCAAAUAAAAGACCAAAAUGUGAUUUCAGAUUUUUUCACAUAUAAAAAAAAAUAAACAGAUUUUGCUGAAUCUGUUCCCAUAUGAAGGAAAUAAAACACUUUAGAGACAACACAGCUGCAUCUUCAGACUGUGUGGUCACUGCCAUAGUUGAUAAUUAUAGACAGUUUAACAGAGCUGAAAUAUCGUUCUGCCUCCCCAAAGUCAACUCUAAGUCCCCAUAAGGUUUGAUAGUCCGAACAGAAACGUAAUGGCUAUAUGUGCAGGAAGAGUCUUAUUUUUGGGGCAGUCCUAAAAGGUUGAAAAAGACACUGUCCUGUUUACAUAGUUGCUGAAAUGAAUAUUGCAUUUAUAUUAGGGGUGUCCCGAUCCGAUAUUGAUAUUGAAUAUCGGAUUAUUUCUGCCUGCAUCUAAAACCUCCAAUAUCAGUACUCCAAUUCAAGCAGUCCAUUCCAGACUCCGCUCCAGCACCUCUAUCUAGCAGCACCCGGAUCCAGCAUGCAGAGCCCACAUGAUCACAACAACAGUGUGUACUGAGUAGGGCCGAGCAAUAAAACAAUAACGAUAUAUUGAAAAUUAAUUUUCCUCAAUAUCAAUAUGAAACAUUGUCAAUCUGCCUUUUGUAGGGCUGGGCGAUGUGGAAGCAAGUUUAUCACAAUAUUUUUUUCAUAGCAGCUGAUAUCGAUAUAUCACGAUGUAAAAAAUGAAAUCUAACAGCAUGUCUGUUGGUAGACAUGCUGUUAAAUUUCAUUUCAGAGUAACAGGGAACAUUUAAGAUUGACAAGUGUUUUUUUAUAUUGUGAUAUACUGUACAUCAAUAUUGACUGAUGUGAAAAAAAUAUAUUGUGAUAAACCUUUUCCCAUAUCGUCCAGCCCUAGUACUAAGGUGCUAACAAAGUGGCAAGGAGUAGGAAUUAGGGAUGCACGAUAUUUAUCGGACCGAUAAAAUAUCGGCCGAUUUGGGGAGAAAUUACGUCAUUUUUUAUCGGUCCGAUAGGUGCAUUUUUCCGAUAGAAAGAUCCGAUAUAUUAAUGAAAUUACGAGUAACGUUUGCAGGCGGAGUAGCCGCCCGUCCGGGACGCGCUGGUUAAGUCAUCUAUCGCGCCUUACUCACAGGUCCCAAGCCUGACCCCAUCACUGCCUGACAGAUAAUAAAAUGUCUUCACCAGCAUGGUCGUUUCUCUCAGUGGCAGAAGAUGACAACAGCAUUGCUAUAUACAAAACCUGUUCAGCGAGGAUUCCGAGAGGAGGAAAGAAGACGUCAAGUUUUAACACAACGAAUCUGAUAGCUCAUCUGAAAAGUCGCCAUCGCGGCGAAGCGGUAGUAAAAGGAUAUGAGACAGCCGCCGAAGCUGCUAGCGGUACUAAAGCUAAGACAACAACACUACGGAGGAUCGAUGUCCCCAUUCAGCAGGCGUUUAAAAACUGCAAAAGCUUCUCAAGAGACAGCAAAAAAGGCUAAAGGCAUUAACGACAAAGUGAUGGAGUUCAUAGCGGUCGACGACCAGCCUUUUUCCGUCGUUGAGAACCCGGGUUUUCGUAAGUUAUUAGCACACUUGGAGCCACGUUACACUCUCCCAAGCCGCCGCUUCUUCUCGGAUGUGUCUCUUCCUGCACUCUAUGAUAUUGUCGCCACAUACAUUCACAACCUGAUCGACAAGAACGGACUACACGUGAGUUUUACCACAGACAUAUGGACGUCAGAUGUUAGUCCGGUCAGCAUGCUAAGCCUAACGUCUCAUAAUAGCUCCUUUACAGUUUACAGUUCUGUUGAACAGUUCAGGGGAUCAAAUGAAGUUCUGCUUUUUGCUCUGUUAUUGUUAUUUAUAGCAAAUGACCACAUUUGAAGAGCCAAAAACUUUUGUUUGUUGUUCUAGAUAGGCCAGAGCAACAAAAAUAUCAGUUUUCAAUCGCUGCAUCCUGCACAAACUGCAGAUUAUAUGAAGAUUAUAAUAAACGUAAAAAUAUGAAUUUAUUGGUUAUCGGUAUCGGUAUCGGCCAUGAGAAGAAGAAAAAUUAUCGGUUAUCGGUAUCGGUUGAAAUUUUUCAUAUCGUGCAUCACUAGUAGGAAUGAUGUCAGUGUUUUUCGUUGAAGUCCAAAAAAGAUGUUGCAUCUGAGUGCAAAACUUGUCAUCCACAAGUUUAUGCCAAUAUCGGAUCAAUAUCAGUAUCGGCCAAUACUGAAGGCUACAAUAUCGGUAUCAGAUCGGAAGUAAAAAAAAAAAAUUGUAUUGUGACACCACCAAUUUAUAUUCCCAUCUACAAACUGCAGCCAACUACAGAGCUGUAUCCCUCUUUUCUCUCAGAAACAUCCACCCCACUCUUAAACAUUUAUUCUGUUAAGUGUCAGUUAUCAGUCAGUUAUUUGUGUGGGAUUACACAUCAAAACAUUUCACACUGUUUUUUUUCUCAAGGCAACUUGCCCUGACAUCCUGCCGUGACUUCAUCUUUGCCGCUUAUAUAAGCAAGACAAAAACACUGUUUCCACUUAACCCAUUAUUUGACUAUUUAUAAACCGUGUAAAGAAACCGAUGUGGUGAAGAGUGAAACACAAACACACACACCUAUGAAUCUCUUGAUGCUGACUCCAUGAUGUCUUUUAAACUCACACAUGAGGAAAGCGAUAGAUGCAGGUGCUUUGGGGCAGCUGUGGAAAUGAGACACUCAGCGGUGAUGUUCCCGAGUGGGGGAUUCAGUUUGUGCACGCCUGUUGUGCAAUCCUAAAGGGUUCCAGACAACAACAUCUGCUGUUUGAGAGGGAAAUCAGGGCCACAGCCUGCUGGGAGACAAAUGUUGCUUGUUGUGAUCGAGUUAGAGAGCAGGAGGGUGUCCGCAGUUUGGUGAUCAAGGGUGACAGGGUGCCGGAGGUCGAAAGAGUGGUGGCGACGUGAGCGGCGUUAAUAACUGUCUUCCUGAAGGCCACGGGUCUCUCAAAACAUAAUUAGAAGUCAACAAAGGACAACAUGUAGUAAUCUGUGCCAAAAUAAGUUUGAUAUAAGUAACGAUGAGGAGCUACACUGCAUAUAAACGCCAUGUUUUAACGGUGCGUUGGAGUCUGACUGUUGGAUCCUGUUCAGACAGGACUAGGGAUGUUCUGAAACAACCAAUUUCUUUGUCAAUUAAGCAGAAAUUUAAAGUCCAGCAAUGGUUAAUGAAUAACAAAGUUGAUUGCUCUAUAAUUGGCUGUAAGAAAAAGCAAAAAUCUGAAUCAGUGAAAAGAAAAGUGCAGUGUGAACUAGACACCCAUGGAGAAACAGAAAAUCCAUGAGUGCAUACAAAUGUGUAGAAGGUCAUUCAUUAUUAAGGAACUUGAGCGGCAGGAUUUUGGAAAGCCCCUACCUGAACAGAAAGUUAAAGUCAGAAAGUAGCUUAGUACAUUACCCUGGAGGCCUUCCUGCUUCUGACAAUGGCAGCGCAGAAUAUAACAAAAUAUCAGCACAGAGAAGGAGGAGAAGGAGAUAACAGAGUGGGAAUGAGGAAAUGGGAUGAGGAUGGGGAAUAGAAGCACAUUAAAGCCUCGAGGAGUGGCCUCAGGGGGCUUGAGGGGUGUCCUGUGCCAUUGCUGAAGGAGAAAUAUGUUGCAAAUAAUUUUUUUCCAAUCAGCCUUUCUCUCCUUUUGCCAUCUGCCAUCACGGAAAGUGGGGAGCGUUGUUCCCAGAAAGAUUCUCUUUUCAUGUUCUUAGAUUUUGAAUUUCAGAUUCAACCCAAAAAUAAAUAAAACAAAUAAUUGUAUUUAUUCUGGUGCACUAUAUUCUUCCAAUGUGAUGCAUUAUCUACUGUGAUAUAUGCAUUUAGAUGUGCAAUAGAUAUAGUCUUAGAUGCAAAAUACAGUUUUAACCCUCUUUGUAAUUUGUACUCUGCAAUACACAUAAUCUUCCAUGUAGCAUACAUUAUCUAUCAUGCAGCGUGCAUUGUUUUCCUGCAAAAGACAUAAUCCACCAUGAAACUUGCAUUAUCUGCCAAGAAUUAUACAGUCCCUACUGUGGUGCCAUAUGCACCAUCAACCAUGCAACAUGUAUUAUCUACCAUGCAACUGACAAUUUUUUACCAAGAAACGUACAUUAUUAGCCAAGAAACGUACAUACUGUAUCAUGCAAUGUACAUUAGCCAACAUGCAUAUUAUUUAGCUCUGUGAUGAACAUUAUCCAACAAAAGAAUCUAAUUUUUAUAGCGUCAUAUACAUUAUCUUGCAUUAUAUGCAAUCACUACCACGACCUAUAAACCUUUUACCAUUAUCUUUACAUAAUCUGUCAUGGAACAUACACAAUAUAACACUUAUUAUGCAUUUCUAAAGUGCAAUACACUUCAUCUGUCUCUCUUUUUAGCAUACAUUAUCUAACAUGAUUGACACAUUUUCCAAGACAGAGGUGCAUGAGGUUUAGUCUUAUGUUGUUUGCGAACGAUUUGUUCAAAAGAACCCAAUCUUUUUAAGUGAACGUACUGAACCGAAUCACUUCUUCGAGUGAUUCGUUUGUUUCUUCAGUUGAGCUGAAGUGAGAAACAUAAUUGCUAGACCAGCAAAUUGCCACCACAACAUCUUGCAUACAGUAGAACACAGCAUGUAACAAGUGGUGCAUUAAACCUGCAGCAUCCUAUCAUUGCAGCGGUUUGCGAGGGAACAGUGCAUGUUCAGUUUGAAUUCUUCCAAACGUUCAGUGAACGAAUCACUCUCUGACCCUAAUUUACCAAGCAGACCUGGUAAAAGCAUACCAUAGGACAAUACACUUAAAACAUCAUGACUUAUGAACAAGUUAAUUCUUACAAACCUGUUUGCCAGAGCAACACAGCCAAACAUUCCCGUCUCCUGGUCCCUGAAGCUAUGAAUUGAACUGAAUCCUGAAACGUUCAGCUGUGUAUCAGUUCAGGAGGUCGGAGCCACAGGCUCCUCCCGCUAAAUGAUUCAGUGAUUUGGUGAACGAACCUUUUGAACGAAUCUUUCUAGUGAACCGAUUCUAGUAAUUCAGUACAUCUGAAAGAACUGCCGUGCCCAUCACUAAUGGGGUUUCCUGUGUGAUAAGAUUCAGACUGUAAACAGGCAUGUAGGAGCAUGUUUGGCUGUAUGUGUUCGAUUGUGUCAUAUUACAUGGAGAUGAGUCAUCUGAGGGGCGUUAGUGGGGAGUUUUGAAGACCAGAUGUGAAUAUGAAAGUGUUAUUCUCCCUCAGGCUUGUCUGUUUGUUUUAGGUCAAACAGAAAUAGUAUGAGAAAAAAGAAUAACAAAUAUUACCAAGAGCUCAUCCAGCAAGUUUUUUUUUUGUAUGUGAAUAAAGAGGCAGAAAGGAAAACCCAUCUAAAAAAAAUCCAUCAUUUUUUUUUUCUACAACAGCAUGAUUGUUUUAGUUGUAAAUCUAAAGCUGCCAUGAGUCAACAAACUUGACAUUUUGUGUUGUUUAUUUUUGUACAAAGUCCCCAAAUCUUUGCCAACACCAGCUUAUCAGUAACAUUUUAUGUAACUAGUAAAUACAGAUCGGAUGGGAACUUGCCCAAGACCUUUUAAUCAGACUUGUUUUUUCCAGUAUUAAUUAGUUCUAUCAAACAGCAUCAUCGUUGUGAUAACUUUUAUUUGCUCGUAACUCACCUCCUUCUUGUCAUCGUUUAGCAUUUCGUCCACCGACAUAACCUUUAUUUAUCCUACAGCAGUCAGAUUGCUGAGAUUAGUGCAACAUGUUCCCAAGAAGUAUUUGGCCGGCACGCAGCAGGUUGCUAUGGUUACGGCUUGCCGUUGCCCAUCAGAUUGUGAAUGAUCGCCGCCGUUAAUGGAAGCGGGGCCGCGGCGGCUCAACUAAUGGCCAGCAACACACACACACACACACACACACACACACACACACACACACACAAACUCAGUGUUACGGACAGGUAAUGUAAGGGCAGAAUGCACACUCAUUCACACCCAUGUACACAUAUGCAUUGGAAAGUACACACUCUAGAAACCCACACGGACUCACACGGUAUCGCAAAAUGUCACCAAAACUUACACACUCGCAUAAUGAUACUGUUAAAUGAUUUUAACACACACAAAUGCACACUCUCUUAGCACUACUAGGCUUUACACUUCACAAGGGUGGCGCACGCACACACACACACACACACUGCUUUGCACCUUGAAGGCUUUUUCUGUAUUAUCGCAGACCUACUUUCACUGAGUCCCACUACUGUACUUAGAUCAUCGUGUGUGUGUGUGUGUGUGUGUGUGUGUGUGUGUGUGUGUGUGUGUUUAUCUGGUUCAGUUUGGCCCAGUUUCACUCUGAUCGUCCUUGAGCAGAAAACAAUGUUACACACACACGCACACAAUCCUGAGGUGCCAAAGUUUUGUUAUGUCUCAGACUCUGAAAACAGCUUUAAAGAGAGAGAGAGUGAUAGAGAGUGAGUUUGUGUGACACAGUUGCCGUUUGAUUUGUAUGCAAAACUGCACUACCAUUUGGUCACGCCCAACUGUGUGUGUUGAUGUGCCAGCUUGUGUGAGAAAUGUUUCAUGCGUCAUCAGUCUAGUCACAGCAGCACUGUUAUGUGGCAGCUCUGUCUGCUUCUCAGCCAUUUGUCGGAUUGCCACGCACACACAAACACAGAGUAAAAGAUUUAAUCAAAGCUUCUUGGCAUCAUGUAAUUUGGACUUUGAUGCAAUGACAUCAUUGCGAUUUUGGAGUCAGUCUCUCACAUGUCUGCAGCAGGGGGCCUCAAUCUUACCCCCGUGUUGUCCCGGUCACAAGGUCGUUCUGUAAUUUCUGAAAUGACCCUGAUUCGUCAAAAUUGGUUUCAUUCCUCACACAGUGGGGAGAAAAGGACGGAUCAGGGCUUACAGUUCAGCUCAGCGGCCUCAUUACAGAAAUUUGCUUAGUCUGACAUCCAAUCUUAACUCACUUUAGGACUUUCGGCUUACAGAAAAUCCUAUAUUAUGGAAAACUGAUGUACCCAAAUGUUGCAUAAACCCUGCUGCAUAUUGGGAAAAAAAAACAUUGCUGAUUUGAUGUAAAAUCUGCAGGAAAUUAUACCAGACAAAGUCAGCAUGCCCUGUGUGAUUAUACGCUCUUAAAAUGUGAUUAUCAUGCCUUUCUAUCUGCUCCAAUACUGAUCUCAAACACUGAGAGGGAGCUGAUCCGGGCUGAUAGGGAAUCAGCAAUCUGACCCACAUAAUUAAACGUCAGCUGUUAUAAACGGGCCUCAAUUUUCAGCAGGGUGCAAACGCACAAACUUGGUAAUAGCAACCCUGUGGCUGAAACGUCAGCAGUGUGAAAAUAUUUCUAACCAGAGAGCUAAAACGAUCCGACAGCCCCUCGCAACAUAUGCAGUAUGAUUGUGUGGCAAAUUGGUAGAAGUCAAGCUGCGUUCAAUACAACCAGUUUGAUCUGAUUAACAAAGGUGCAAAUGGGAAAAUACAGUGUGCAGCUCUGUUAUCAAAGUACAAGUAAAUACUUGAUUCUGAUUGGUCAAAACGCCAUAUCAGCCUGAUCACUUACUUCAUAUGUGAUUGAUCCACUGAAUGAAGUCUAACUUUUGUCUAAAUGGCAACAUAGAGAAGAUUUAGGGUCCUGCUCACCCUGUCAGUAUCCUAUUUUUCAUAACCACCUAUUUACCUUAAAAGGUACCUUACCUUAAAAUAACCCAUACAUGACAUAUAUAUAUAAUGCUGCGUUCCAGUUACCUUGGAAGUCGGACUUCCCGGGGGGGAAAUGACGUUACAUCUGAGUUGACGGUGUUCUAGUUAACAAGUCAGAAAACCAAGAUGGACGCCUACUGUUGGCCUUGGUUAGCUGCUGUUUACAAUUGUCAGCUGUCGUUAGCUGUUGUCAGCUGUUGUUAGUUGUUGUUAGCUUUACCAGUUGUAAACAACGUAUAACACAGUAUUUUACUCUAACAACCACCAUAGCACCGUGUUUACAGUUAGACGUUGGGCAGUACAACAUAAACCACUUGUUUAAUUUCACAAAAACAAAACAGAAGUGCUAAUAAAUAAAACAUUACGAGAGCUUUCACUGUUACUCUUUACUGUUGAUGCACUGCGCUGCGCAUCGAGUCAGGAACUUUCCGACAACAAGGAACUAGGGCUGGGUGUUAAAAUGACAGUGAUAUGUAUUUUAAAAAUGUAUUUCUAUCGAUAUCAAUAUAAAACAUAGUCAAUAUGCUUUUUGAUAACCGGCAUUCUGCCAUGUGUUGGUAAACUUUACGAAUAGCCAAUAAAGGGGAGUUGCUCCGAAUCGCGUCGCAUUGAACCAUUCAUGUGCUGAAUUAGAACCAAGUAGCAAACAACUGCGUAGUAGCAGGCUGCAGCUACAUGCAACCAUGCAAUUUAACACGUGAAGCCGACAGCACUGUUGGUGAGAAAAAAAGAAAAUGAGUGCUACCCCCGGCAGAAAUGCAGAUGAAUGCUCAACAGAUGAUGACAUCGUUGACAAAACUGGCACUAAAACGUUGGUGGUGUGGAGGUAUUUUGGUUUCCUGAGGUCAGACAUGAAUCAGAGUAAUGUGCACUGCAAAUUAUGCCGAUUACAUGUUAAAUUUCAUUUAAGAGUAACAACGGAAAAUUUAAGAUUGACAAGUGAUUUUUUUUAGUAUCGUUACAUAUAUUGAUAUCGAAUGAUGUGAAAAAAUAUAUUGUGAUAAACUUGUUCCCAUAUCGCCCAACCCUAACUGAAACGCAGCACAAGGCUAUGUAAUGAGGUCAAACAUAAACAGCAGACAUACAUACAUACAUGUGAAUGAAGGAACUCAGGAUAACUACUUAACUGACGGCCCAUUGUGGGUCUGUUUUGAUGGGAUAAUGUAUACACAUAAAAGGAUGCACCAUACAAAGCAAAGUAGCUGUGUGCAUAGACUUCUUUGUAUUUCCUGUGGUUGCCUGGCAACCUCGCACUGACAUCAUAACCACAACUUUAAAAACAGUUAAGCACCUCUGUUCCACCACUCCUUGUCUUUACUCUUGGCAUGAAACGUUUCCUCGACCUCAUACUUAAAGUUAUUCAUACAGAGCCGACUGGUUUGACUGAUGUGAUCCAUUCACUCCCUGUAACCUUAAGUCCUGCUGCACUGUCACUGACCUGCUGCUUUCAUUCACACACUCAUUCAGUGUUUGUGUACGUUCAUCUAUGAUGACGUGAGCCGUGAUUAAAUGAUUUUGCAGUCUAUUGAAUGACUGUUUUGUUGUUUCACAGCCCUGCUAACACCUGCUCUCCUGGGCAUGACGUGUAUUUUUUCUGUGCGUGAAAGAGAUAGAGCCGCUGGGAAAGUUUCAGUAGAAGGACAAACAAGUAUGAGCGUGUUCAUCUGUGUGUGUGAUGAUGAUGGAAAUUGUAGCAUUGCCAAUAACCAUCAACAAAAGAACCUAUAGAGGCAGCAGCAGCACAAAAACAUGCUCUCUAAUACUCGCAAGAGGCUUGUUUGUAGUGAUACAGUGAAAACAACAGCUGCAGAUUUAUCCCGACUUUCUAAAACAAACAUCCAAAUCUCCGUCAUGGAAGAAGAUUUGCUCGCUAAUUACUUGUUUUUCUGUCUGUGAGCCACACUGGGAACAAAGAGCUACAUCUUUGGACAGUGGAGCUCCAAGGCUCUUCAGUAUGAUCCACUCAGCUCUCAAUAAAAGGACUGUGAAGGUAAAUUCAGGUGAUAAGUCUCUAUACUAAUGUUAGUUUUGAUUGGCUGUUCGAUAAAGUGGGGUACACACAUAAGGAUUUUUGAUCUGUUACAGACCCCACACAUGAAGAUAAAAAAUCAGACAUUGAACAGUUUUGCUCCGAUAAUCUCAACACAGCACACCACACACGAAAUGAUUCUGUUCCACCACUGAUCUAGGAUCUAGUCCUCGAAGACCGAGAAUCUCGCGUGAUAAAAUGUGAUCUAUCUUCAAAUGAAGAAGAAACAUAGCAACAACUGGGAAACAAAAGACGCAACAUGGAAGAGGACACACAAGAGGAGGGAAUGAUGGUGGUUUUGGGAGUAUUUUUGACAGGAAAAUCCUGUUCUAAAUUCCGUACUCCUGUAGGCCAUGCUUUAUUUUUGUUCGCUUUAUUUGGUUCCUUGUUCCUCAGUCAGCUCGCUUCUUGAUUGGCUAUAUUCCAUUUCACGUGACAAUUCACAGAGUCAUGACUCUGGAGUCGUCGGCUUUCCCCACACACGUGAAGAUUUUUGGUCGGAAAUAUUAAACAAGUUUAAUAUUUUCGAUUGUUGGCCGCGGCACGUUUCAGACCCAAUCAUCGGAAUAAAUUCACUCUUAAUACACCUCAGACCACAGGAUUAUCUUAUAGGAUAAUCUUAGAAGACAUAAGAUAAUCUUCUGAUUGUCGUCCUUGGUCGGAAGGGGGAAAAACACUUGAUUAUCUUUAUGUGUGUACCCCGCUUUAACCAGCAUGAAUUUGAUUGGUCAAAACGCAUAUGCAGGCAGGUGAAUGUAUGAAAACGCUGAUUCAAGUCAGCUUCUUCAAAAGCUUCUUCAGUCUUUCUGCAGUAUUUUCCAUUAGUUUUGGGGUCUGAUUGCUCAGGGUGCGACAGCUGCUCCUGGAGUGAAUUUGAUGUAUCAGAGUGCAGGACAACAAAUCACCUGUCUUUUCUUUGUACCUUACGACUUCACAAAAACUCUACAAAAAAAGGAACGAAGUGUCCAGUUACUCAACCAAAUCCAUUUCAAAUAUAGCCAAUUCAGGGGAUAGUUAAUUCUUAUCAAUUCUGAUUCCAUUAUUGAGACUCCUUAAUGAUCCAAGUCCUUAUCAAUACCAUUAUUGAGUCUUUUCUUUACACAAUUGUUUACAGACUUUUUGCCAGAAUCUGACAUUGAAACACAUCAUGAUAAUGUUUUUUUGCCUGAUUAGUUUUGUGAAAUUGAUACUAAAAUACCUCCCGUGUGUUUUACCUGUGCUAUGGUAACCUGUCAGCAGGAGGAGGUGAAAUCACUGACUGGGUUUAUUCUGCCCUUUAAUUUGAUAUGACUGGUCUGAUCCGGCUGGUUGUAACUGUUGUUAUUGGGUUUUGACCAUUCAGUGAGAAAAGAUGGGUAAUAUGAAAUAUAGACAGUAUAUAUAAAUGCUAGAUUUACCUGAAAACCUCAUAUUCUUGCUCUCCCUCUGGACAUGUAACCUUUUCUCUCUGGCCUGAUAUAUCCUGUAGGAGCUCUUCAUUUCAUCAAAUCCAAUUCUCAGCUCACAUCAGUCCUUCCACUCCAGGUAUUAGAGCCUCGGACCUCCAACAUGGCCUUUAGCUUAUCAGGUCAUGUCUUAUAAUCUUCAGCUUUUGAACAGAAAAAGAAGAGUGAGGGAAUUCAUUUUCAUUUGGUCUCACUUUCUCUUACAUCUGGUAUUAGUUUUUUAACACUCUGCUGUACAGACGAUAUUCACCAACGAUGUACGGAGGAGGAUUUAGACUGACUUUGCAGGUGGAGUUUGGUUUGUGUAGCUCAGCUUUAUCUAAGUCAAGCUUGUGUGUUUUGUUUUUGCCCUAGUUGAAUCUAUAGUAGGUCAUCCAUUAUGUUCGAGUGUGUGUGAGUGUGUGUGUUUGAACAGCUAGGGGAAUUUCUAAGGAUGCAGAAGAAAUCUGCUGAGUCACCUCCUGCUCCAUCAUUGUCAGAGUAAUGCUCUGCUGUUUAAUUAAACUGUUUAUGUGAUUUUAUGAUACACACACACAGUAAAGAACGAACUAAAGCUGAAGAUGAGUCCAGAGUUGUUAAAGAUGUGAUGUGAGAAUCCACUGGAUAUGAUCUCUAACAAGCCACGGUUUCUCAUUCAACAUUUCAUCUUUUACUGUACUGACCCUGAAACAAGAUGUUCACUUCUCCCUUUGAGUGCAUUUGAAAAAAACGGGAUCAUCCAGUUUGAGGACGUAGACCUUCGAACACCAACAUUUGUUCACAAGAGCGAAUGGUGCCACUUUAUCCUUGAUUCCAGUCCUAUUAUAUUUGGAGAGUAAAAAAAAAAGGACAAGUACUUCACAAACAGAGAAAAAGCCUGCCGUUAUUGUUAAGUGAAACGUUGACUGUAAGAGACCUUUCUUUUUACAUUUCUCUUUUUUAUUAGAGUUAGAUCAACAAGAAAAAUAACAAUUAAAUCCACUUAAAGGUGGGGUAGGCAGGAUCUGAAGAAGGGACAGUUUUGGGGAGAAAUCUUGAACAUAAACACGAUCAGGCCCCGCCCACAAACAGACGCUCCUGCUCGCUCGUAUCGUUUCAAUUAAAUUCAGAUAUAAUGCAGAUAAAUACUUCAGAUAAUUACAAAUGGGGCCCAGUCAACCUGAAAGUAAACAGCAUUGGUGCGACUGUAGAUGCCAACAGACUAGGAUAAAGUGACAUAGUCCAGGACCCGAGGCUACAACACGCAGCAGGUCCCGUUUGACAAAAACACUUCUGUUACAGACACUUGACUUACUUUGUUAAAGCAGUUUACCUGUCCAGCAGAAAGGCUACAGGGUCCGUAAGAUCCUGAAGCGUCCCCCGUCAUUGUUGACCCGGCUUCUUAGCUCUUGUCCGGGUGGUCUACGUCCUUUUAAGCACCCGUUAUUCCUCCAGAGUCUCCGGUAUUUACUUAGUUUUCUUGCUUGUGUUGGCAGUCGUGGCCAAAGGAGGAUUUGGACAAUUUUCUCUACUUUCUGGUUGGAUUGUACUGUCUGAUAUUGUAGCACUUUGUUUACAGUCAGAAAGAGAAAGAGAAAUGUUGACUACACAGACACAACAAAACACAGCAAUAUCGUUAUAUUCCCAAAAUGUCAUCAAUGACUAAUAGCUAUUGACUGAUAUUAAAAGCUUUUUUGUAUAUACACCACAAAAAAAGAUGCUCCUUUAACAGAUUCCUGCCUAUCCCACCUUUAAAUGAAUAAUAAUAGCCAGCUGUCACUCACAACAACAAAAUCAAAGGAAUGAAAGAUGGAGAGAAUUUGUGCCUCAGCAGGAAAAUAAGACAGGUCAAUUAGACACCUAAUUCAUGAAACGGUGUCGAUGAUUUGUCUUAACUCAAUAUCCAGUGAAGUUAUAGAUUUGGAAGACUGUGGCAUCCCCAAACUGGUUAUUACAAACCAUCCAAUAAGAAGCUACCAUUGCAUUAAUUGUUGUCAGUGAAGGGCUGCAUAAUCUCACAAACAAGCCUACAUAUUGAGUAAAAUAGAAUAAUACAUUCUGCACAGAUAACAAUCAAAAAACACACACAUGCACAACACUGGAUUACCAAGUAUUCCCCCCACCAUGCAUACGCUGAUGCUCAUCUAACCCAAGCUGUUUCCAUGGAGAUAAAUGUAAACAGAAGGGAAGUCUCCUGAUAUCCUUGUAGUGGUCAGGGCUGUUGCCAUGGUAAAUCCAUACCUCGGUGGCCGUGUUUAUGUGUCCGUGUGAUGUGAGCACACAAAGCGGACAGAAAUCAUCAUCAUCCUUCCCUUCUUUGCCCUGCAGCCCCUCCCAUUUUCCACUGAAUUAUACACAAACGCACACAGACGCCGGUUUGUUUAGUUGUACAGAUCGCUGUAAGAGCAGUUCUGCAAACAGAGUAUAUUAGAUUUUAAGGCACGUAUCUCUGUUGAUGAAAAAAACAAACAAGCAGCAUCUUGUCACCAGACUCAUUUUUAGGACGAUUUUUGCAGUUAGUACACUUUGAAGAACCAGCCUUAUGUUGACCAUCACUUAAGAGAGAUUUUACUUCCACAGCAUACUGACGUCUGGUUCUUGAAUGGUCACAUUUUUACUAUAAUUGAUGCAAAUCUGCUACUCUUUUGCAUUUCCUUUUACCACCUAAUUGUCUUGACUGUUUGGAGGUGGUUUUAUCUAAUGGUUGCCAGUCAAUGGGGGUUGGUCGUUUGGUUAAUGGAUUGUCACUCAUCAGGUCUGUUGUUGCUAUGGUCUUGAUUAGAGGAUGCAUGCAUUUAUAUUGACAGUUUUUAUAUAUAGAUGUUUUUGGUCUGUGGAGAUGUGAACGUUUUUCAAAUGGCCUGACUUCAGCUCAAUCAUGCUGACACAUACGAUCUAUUUGUUGCAAGUUCCCAUCCAGCUGCAUGACUAAGAAGGCUGCUCAGGUGUAAUUACACAGUCUUUAAUCAUUCGUUUAAGAACAUUUCACAGCUUCAGCUCCUACAAAAUUCAGCUGCACGCAUGCUGACGAAGACCAGGAAGAGAGCCCACAUCAUGGCAAUUUUAAAAUCUCUGCACUGGCUACCUGUGUCUUUUAGAGUAGAUUUUAAGGUUCUUUUAUUAGUUUUUAAAGCUCUUAAUGGUCUUGGUCUUUCUUAUUUGUCUGAUUUGCUUUUACCACAUGAGCCUGGUAGAGCCCUCAGGUCUUCAAGUAGUGGUCUUUUAAUUGUUCUUAAAGUAAAAACAAAAACAUACAGUGAAUCAUUAUUCAAACAUUACACUCCCUAUUUGUGGAACAGCCUACCUGCAGACCUGAGAGUGACACCAUAUUUUUAAAAGUAAACUAAAGACCUACCUCUUUAGUCUGGCUUUUAGUUGAAUUUUGUUUUAAUUUUUUAAUCUGCAUUAUGUGAUCUUACCCUAUUUUAGUCCUAGAGUAACUAUUUUGAAUUUUAUUACCUCUUUUUUUAAUUUACUUUCUUCUAUUGUUUGAUUUUAAGACUGUUUUAUUCAAUUAACUUUUAAGGCUUGAUCACCUUUAUUAUAUUUUAUCAUGGUUUUAUCGUUUUAGUCAUAGAUUCAGUGUUUCCUCAUUUCUUUUAACUCAAGAUAGCGAUUCCUCAGUCAUUUGUGGCAAGUUGAGGAGGCCUAACCUGGUCUUUUGUGUAUGCAUCUGUGGGUGUGUGAGUGCUGUAUGUGUUGAAUGGGGGUUGAGAGGGCAGGUGGGGUUUGGUAUUUGUAAUUUCAUUGAUUUUAUUUCAUUGUUUUUAAUAUCCUGGACAGCGUAAUAUGUAUGAAAAGCGCUUUAAAAAUAAAGUUUUAUUGAUUGAUAUGACACCGCUAUGAAACCACCACUCGCUCCUAACCCCUGCAAAUGUUGCAUAUAUGUCUGCAAAUUUGAAGUCAGUCCCACACAUUUAACCCAUUCGAUGCUCCCCACUGUUUUCGUUGCCACCAGUAUGCGUUUUUGCACCUUUGCAAACAAAACCUACAUGUGACAGCAGCCCCAAAGAGAAGCAGGUCUUUUUUUUUUGGUUUCUUGAACGGUGACAUGGACGUCAGUUUCUUUUUGAGGGCUUACAGCGCUCAUCUUGAUUCAUCUCUUUGAAUGUUUGCAAUCACUGAGAUGUGACCUGAAGAAAUCUCAACCUACAAGCUCUGGUUCAUGUUUUUCUGUUAAUGUUUAAUGUCGUCCUACGGAGCUCUGCGUGCGUGUUCCAUCUGUUGCUGUCUCGCUGGUGGAGUUGAGCCCAUUCUUCUCACCAUAUGGACAAUGGGUUGGAUUACAGAGACCUGAUCCCCGACACCGUAUUCUGGUCUGGUGUCUGUUUUGAGGGGUUGUUGAGGUUAAAAGCACGGAAAAUUGCACAGGCAUUUUUAUUUCUUUUUAGAGCCCUAUCUCUCCCUCUCUCUCUCUCUCUCUCCCUCGCGUUGUCAUCUUCUCCUGUCAGAGCCAUGGUGAGAAUACGGACUAUAAUUGGCACUUAAUUGCUGCCGUAGCAACAGUGCUAUUUAAACCUACGUGCUGUGAUACAAAGGCAUAUAGCGCAUGCACACACACACAUUCACAGAAAGAGGAAAGAUGACCCACAGAGAAAAAGGGGUCUUAGCUCUCUUUCUCUGAUUUCACUCCGAGUGUGUUAAUGUUUUCCCACCUUUUGUAUGCAGACUAGUUAUGCUGAGUGAGAUUUCACUGUGUGUGUGACAACAGUCCAGUGCUUUUAACACAGCAGCUGCAAUAAAAAUCCUUACCUGUUUUGACUUGUCUCCCGUUGCUAUGGUGAUUCAGAUUAGUGGUGUCCCAACUGCAGGUAAAACAACAUGUCCUGAGAUGAUUCUGGAGGAGAUGGUGUGAGAAUAUGAAGGACGGUGAAAGAAGAGUGUCCCGUCCUUCACAGUCUGGUUCAGUGCUUUGGCUGAAGGCCGGAGUAUUGGGGUUGUGAUGCGUACUAGCUACCUUGUUUGUCCUGCUCUCCAGAUGGUUAUCUGAGGGAUUUGAGGUCGUGGUGGUAAGACACUCAAGUACAGGAUUGGUAGUCAACAUAUUCAGUGAUCGUUGAGCUUUCUCUACAGCAGCAGCUUAUGUUUGUUCAGAAAGGGUGUUAUUGGUUUGACUUUAUGCUGAAAUGUGCACGAGGGAAUUUUAUAUCAGGACUCGAUCACCUUUAACAUGUUUAAAUCCUGUGUUCCCUCUGCUCGUAGAUCCACUGCCAUAAAAACGCCAACAGCGUUUUAUGAUCUCUGUAGCCGGCUCAGAAUUACCAGGCAAAGGUUGUAUCAACACCAGAGGCAGCUGCGUUUGAACAGCGAUGCAGCAGUAAUGUCGCUUCAAAUGUGUUCAAAAAUUGGAUGUGUUGCCUGCAGCAUGCUAGACCGCUGCCCAGCAGUGCGAACAGGCGUACCUUUAAGGUUAGCGCCUGUUAAACCCAGUCACAGCGUCUCCUAUCUCCUCUUCUCUAUGCAUUGUACUGUUAUUAUUUCUUUCUGUCUUUGCGUUUCCUCUCCCCUCUGGCUUCUUCUUUUUAUGUCUCCCGGUCAAUCGACUGUGUUUCAGAAACUGGUCCAUCUCUCCACUGGCUUAGAGAAAAAGACACGGCAUUCAAGAGAAAGAUCUUUUCAUUCUUAGCACAUAACGAUAGUGGUGCAUGCGUGUCGAAGGGUCCGUGCCUUUUCAGCUCGGAGAUGCCGGCAGUUUGGUGAAAGAUAAUCGUCUUUGUCCAUGAUCUGUGAUAAUCAGCUGCUCUGCCGCGUGGACGUGUGUGUGGUGUGUGCGCCUGUGUGCGAGAGUCCAUUCAGACCCAGGCGCUUUGAUUAAACUGCCGGUUAUUGAUCUCACAGGGGCAGACCUACAGAGCUGACAUUAUUGCUAUCUGCAUGCACGCGUGUGUGUCUGUGUGUGUGUAACUCAAAGGUAUUCAGAGAGCUUUCCUUUUUUUAAUAACAGCUCAUUCAACUCAGCUUUAAGUUCCUGGAUGAUUUUAGUUUGGGGUUCAUUUCCAUCAUUAUAAUUAUGAUAUAUAAGAAGGAUAAACGCUUUUAUCGCCAAAAUAAGACGUGUGUAAUCUUCACUCCCUUCGUAAAACCCUCAAACCCUGAAGAAGAGCCCUUUGUAAGAUUAAGACUUAGAGUAUCUUAUGUAAUUCAAGUUAAACAAGUGGUUAAUGCUGGGUUAAAGAUUACACUUGCAGGAAGGAUAUUUACGGUUGAUCCUGUCAUUUCACAGACUUAAUUAAUGUCAAUUCCUCAGUACCUGACUACUGUCUGAGCCAACAGUUGAGUGUGAAUGGACUCUGGUGUAGAUAGAUGCAGUUAAAUGAAAACGUGACCUCUUUAAAACCCCUCAUUUUGUCACUUUCUCAGCUAAACAGAGAUAUAAACUACUAAACAAUGUCCGUUUAUAAGCUUUUAUUUAACUAGAUCAUCUGUCGAGGUUUGCAUGAAGGAGUUGCAGUUGUGAUAUUACCGGGGCCCAAACCUGGUCCUCAUGAUAUUAUUAUUCCUAAUACAGAGCAAAUCAGCAUAAUGAGCAAUCAGAACACAUGAACCGUAAAGAUUAGCCGGUCAUCAAUCAUGGCACGUGUUCUCUGGGUUGGCUUUUUGUGCAUGAGUGUGUUGGAGAUAAUGAGAAAAAAAGCUGGGUAUCAUCUGCAUAGCAGUGAUAUGAGAAAUUGCAAAGUUGAAGAUUUUCGCACUUAGACAUGUGCCAAUACCUUCAAAACGGUAAGACGCUAACAGAAAGGAUGCAUUAAAACUAAGUCCUUAUGAACAGUGUAUGGGUGACACCUAAUGCCUAAUUGUAACCACAGUGAGAGCAGAUAACAGAUUAAAAAUCAACCCCAGAAGUAGGGGUGUCCUGGAACAACUUUUUGACUACCGAUACUAUACCAACAUUGUAGCCUUCAAUAUUGACCGAUACCGAUAUUGGUCCGAUACUGGCACAAACUUGGGCAUGACAAGUUUUUCACUCAGCUGCAAUGUCUUUUUCGGACUUUAACGAAAAAAUACUGCCACACAGCCGACAUAACUCCUACUCCUUGCUACUUUGCUCUGCAUGCUGGAUCAGGGCGCUGCUAGCUAGAGGUGCAGGAGUUGAGUCUGGAAUGGACUGCUUGAAAUUGGAGUGCUGAUACUGGAGAUUUUAAAUGCAGGCCGAUAUAAUCCAGUAUUUGUUUUUUUGCUGAUAUCGGACCGAUAUCCAAUAUCCAAUAUCCAAUAUCCGAUAUCAAUAUCGUAUCGGGACACCCCUACCCAGAAGUAAAGGCUGUGGUAUCAUCAGCAUCAAACAAACUGGGCCAAACUCACAAGAAUCACAAACACAGCUGCAAAAAUCAUUGGUCUCCACGCACCCAACCUCACAGAACUAAACAACAGGUCCAUCACUCGCCUAGCAAACACCAUAGUACAGGACAUCCCCUACCCACUACACCAGUACAUCAUCCCACUGCCCUCAGGGUGCAGGUACAGAUCGAUUAAGUUUAGUAGCCGCCCUGAACAGCAGGCCCCGCUGAUCUGUCUGCCUGUCACUGUAUUGUUAUUGUCACUGUUGUUUACUGUCAUGUCGGCUGAAUACUGUUAUUGUCUGUGGUGUCCAGCGUUGUCUCCUUGUAAUGUACAAUCAGUGACAAUGAAUUUCCCCACGGGGGCCAGUAAAUACAUCUAUCUAUCUAUGAGGCCAGUAGAGGAAGUGCGGUAACCCUUUCUUUUACGGUACCCUUAUUACCAGGUAAUUAACAGGUAAUUACUUAGUAACAAGAUGAAAUUAUCUGGUAAUUACAUGAUAACUACAAAGUCAAUACUGUCUAGUUUGUCUUUUUUUCUCUUUUCUCUGUGCAGCUCCAUUUUCAAAAGCUAUUUGGGGUUCUUAUUUUCUAUGAUCGACAUUUGAUACAGCCUAUGGGCGUGCGAAGAUUGUGUAGCGAUACGCUGUUUGAGCCGAGCAUUAUCACAGCGACUCACCCGCCUAAUGCGUACAAUGCUACCGCGCAAGUGGUGGUUUAAGGAAGCGGAGAAAAUCCUGGAAAUACCAGAGCAAUUCGGCUUUCAAAUUUGUAUGAUGAUGGAAGGUUACCUACCUGGUAGCUAGACAGUAUUGAUUUAGUAGUUAUCGUGUAAUUACCAUGUAAUAAUCAUGUUGUUACUAGGUAAUUACCUGUUAAAUACCUGGUAAUAAGUGUACCGUAAAUGAAAGCCAAAGAAUCAGAAAAUUUGACUGAAAACUGUUAUUUAGAGAAGUUAAAAGUUGGUGAAAGUAGCUUUUCUCAUAUGCCGUCCACCAUUAUAAAUAUGGCGUAUUAUUCAAAAGUUUAACCUUGACUUCAAAUAAAUAUUUUCAUAUAAAAAAGAAUAAUCCGUCAACUUUACAGGAUGAAUCUGCAGUAUUUCUAUGACACUGAGUAACCUUGUCGGGUACUGUCAGUCUCCAUGUUAAAUGUGUCACUGUCACCUUGUCAGCCUAUUCUAGUCUCUGCCUUUCUAUCUCUCUCAUGCAGUAUGCGUGUGUGAAUGUGUGUGUGUGUGUGUGUAUGUGUGAGACAGACUGCAUCACUGCUGGAUAUGCUCUUGAUGGAGAAAAACACACACAUGCAAACACCACUGCUGCCAAUAUGCUUUGUGCGCGGCGCACCAUCAGGAGCGUGACUGACACAAUAACGGCGCUUCUUACGGGAGGAAGCACAAUCAUUGUUGCCGUGGGUAACAGCAAGUCAACCCCAACGUGCGCACACAUGCACGCAAAACUGUGCAGUUUGUGAAGUCAGCUGCCAGAUGUUAUACAAGCCCCCCUCAGGUCUCUGUGUGUGUGUGUGUUUGUGUGUGUGUCCAUGGCAGGUAAAGAAAUUCAGGUUCGAUGAAUUGUGAAGUGAGCCGUGCUUUGUUCCUGCUGUUGCUGUGUGUGUGUUUGUCUGAGCCUGUUUGUGUAUUUGUGGAUCUGCAUAAGUGUUCUUAUGAGAUCCACUUUGCCUCCAUUCACAUUUGCGUUUCACACAGACACUCACAUACGCACACACGAACACACGCUAUCUCGCUCGCUCUCUUCUGACCUUUUUCUCCAAUUCAGAACUGCUCAGCUUCAUUUUUUCCCUUCGCCUCUUCCCACCAUUCAGACGUUUUUAUUCAGCAUGAAUGAACAGUGUGUAUUCAUUUGUGUUUGUGUGAAAAUGCUUUUUUCCUGUAUGUGUUUACUUAUUGUUCAACAAUUGUUGCUAUACAAUUAUUGACAUGCAGACUGGGAGGACGUUGACGACAGCUGCUGUGGAUCAUGUGGAGCAUUUGUCUUGUUUGUCUGUGGUGGUUUAAAUACACAGCUGCUGUGGAUUGUCAGGAUUUCUUCGAUGCAGUGUGGUCAGGUGCAAAAGCGGCGGAUCUGCACCUUGGAUCUGGAGACACUUGGUCGAAAGUCUGAAGCCAGUGGCGAAUUUUACAGAUAUUCUGAGAGUGCAGCAGUGAGGCGGUAAGGUGAGCUGCUUUUCUUUCUUUUCAUGGGCUCAGGAGAGUGGAAAUCUUCACAUGAAAUGCUCCUCAGCCACACCAACGUGUAACCUAGACUGGCCUUGUGAGUGUGUGUGUGAGAAAGCAGCGACACACAAAGCGUUCAAAUGCAGGGUUAAGUCAAGCUGAUGUGUUUAUGUGCAUUUUAAAAGUCCAGUUUCAGUCGAAAUUGAUUUUUCUAAAACCUACUGAGACACAGCAGGUUAAAAUAGGUCCGUCAGCAGAUAUUAGACGUUCCAUUUUUAAACAAAGAAAUAGGGCUGGGCGAUAAACUGAAAAUUUAAAGUUACUGAAAUUUAUGACACAGUUAACAUGGAGACUGACCGCACCGGACAGGGUUACUAAAUGUCACACUAGAAAUACUGCAGAUUCAUCCUGUAAAGUCGACAGAUUAUUCUUUUUUAUAUGAAAAUAAUUGCCUGGAAAUCAAGUUUGAACUUUUGCAUAAUACCAAGGGCUGGAAGAUAAACUGAAAAUUUACUGAUACUGAAAUUUAUGACAAAAACCAUUGUCAUUUUGCCCAUGUCAAUAUAUUCAGUGUCAAAUAAAUAAAUAAAAGUUGGUUUUGGAUGUGUGUAGGUAGGCUAUGGUCUCAUGUCCCCAUCCAGUCCGUAACAAAGAGGGAAAGACAGGUGAGGAGAUGGAGGACGACUCUGAAGUUGUAUCAGCUGGAGCGGCGGCUGAAGUAGACAAAGUUAAUGUGGGAGGGGGUGAGCAGCUUGUGGAGUAGUUAUUGUCCAUUUAUCGUUAUCGAGGUGAACCGCUCAAUACAUCGUGAUACUGAUUUGAGGCCAUAUCGCCCAGCCCUAAGCUACACGCAGUGCAUUCACAUGCACAGUUAAGGCAAGCUGAUGUGUUUACAUGCAAGUCAAGUUUCAGUCUAAAUUGAUUUUUUUAAACCUACUGAGACACAGCGGGUGAAAAUGAGUCCAUCAGCAGAAAUAAGACGUUAUGUUUUUAAACGAAGAAAGCAAAAACAGCUUUUAGUCACAGACGGAAACACUCAUUUGUUAUUGUUCCUGCGCGCUGCUUUAAACCAGUGUGCCUCUUAUGUCCUGAUGUUGUGGUCAUUCUCAGAAGCAGCGAUGUUAAACACCAUGAGACAAAGGAGAAAUCUUGUUAGCAACCAGGUCCACCUCAUAAAUCUCAGAAAAUAGACUGAAUACGAUCUCAGUAGUAUGAUCAGCCCUGACGCAAGAGAUAUCUCCUUAAAGUUGCAUGAAUAAUAAGUUUAAACAUCCUUUCACUGACUCAAGAUACAAAAGCGUUUAGCAGUUGUUCCUCUUACCGCUUCAUGAUGCAUUAUCGCUACAUUAUUUCACACCUCUAAUUAAAAUCCCCAAUUUACUGUCAAAAAAACAAAAGCAACCACAGCUGCAAUCUGCCCACCUGUGAUAAUGAAUAAGAGCCGAAGCUGUGAAAAUGCGGCGCCUCUGCGUGCCGUAAUCACAAUUCUGCUGCCGUUAUAGCCGAACAGUUGUCUCCUAUAGAGUGCGGAUGCUUGUUGGCGGUCGCAGUGAAAUCAUCGGAUAGUUUCUGUGUUUGAUGUUUUUCCACCAGACAUAAUGUGUUUGUUUUCCAAAGCUACAACUAAAGGAUAAUUAGGUUUACGCGGGAGAGGAGUGUAGUUAUAAUGAAAGCUGGGUUUAUGUAAUGGCAGCUGGAUAUUAAAAAAAUCAUGUACGUAUCAUUUCCCCCUGAGAAACAUGAAUGGAAAACUCCAGCUGUGUGUGUGUGUGCAUGUAGUAAAGUCGAGCAACAAUGCAAAGAGAGCAGCCUUGUUUUGCCUUCCAUUGACGUCACAAAACCCCUCUAACAGCCGCUAUCAGUGCAAGCAGGUGUCAGAUCCGUGUGCGCGUGUGUUGCAAUUGAAGUGAUCUGAUCUUGUACGGCACAGCCCACCUUGAUCUCCAGGGGCAACCGGCACUAUGAACACUUGUCACUGUAAAAGAUGUGCGGAGCCCGAGAUGGGAGACAAAGAGAGACUGACUGGGGGGGAGAAGGGGGAGUGAGAAUAAAUAGAAAUACCUUCUGAGUGAGGGGAGGAAACACCAGGAGAAAACCGCAGAGGGAAGACAGAGACAGACUCUUUUUCUCACCGCCUUUACAGCCGUGACGGUGCGAUUGAGCUCUUAAGGCCGGGCGGACUUGUGGCAGAUAGGCGGCCUGUCAAAUGUGCUUCACUUUGGAGGACUCGAGGGCUUUCUGCAUGGCUGCACAUGCAUAUUGGCGUGAUAAAAAAAAGUCAUUCACAGCUCCCCUGAAGGAGACUUGAACACAUCACAACUGCACUCAAGACAGUGCACACAAAUGAAACAGUGAAUGCAAAACUUGCACACACACAGUCAAGCAGUUGACUAUAUGGAAGUAAACCGGAUUUUCAGAGGCAGGAAGGUUCGUGAGAUAAAGCCAUGUUUGCUGCUUUUAGCUCUAUGGAGUAAACUGUAUACAAACUAGGAAAGUUGUGGUCGUUUUAUUAUCUAGUUGUAUAGAAUUAAAGGGAUAUUCCAACGUACAAUUAAGUUAGGGUCAAACACACCAUAACACUAAAUAGACACCCCGUCGAGAGAUGAAUGUUGCUCAAAUAAUGCUCAGAACAGCACCUAACUUCAUCAACAGUACAUAUAGGGUCCUAGCCAUAGUAUUAGCCACCAAACAUCUUUUUAACUUUGCCUAAUUUCUUUAGCAAAGAGACUAAACACAAGUCAGUGUCUCUCUUCCAGCAGCCGCUUGUUUGUAGCAAGACCUCAGGUGAGUCCAAACUGGCUGCAGUGGGGUGACGCAGCUAAAGGAAGAACAUUUAUGAUCAUUUCUUUAUCAUUUCCUUGCACUAAUAAUCAUCAUAUUAAUCCUUUUGUACUGCAGACGCGGUAGUUCUUCUGCCUUAGCGUCUCAGUCUGAUUGCAUUUCCAUGAAGAAAUGAUCAUAAAUGUUCUUCCUUGAGCUGCGACACCCCGCUGCAGUCCGUAAUGGGCUGGUCCGAGGUCUCCAUACAAACAAGCGGCUGCUGGAAGAGAGUAUGGCCUGGACCCUAUAUGUCCUGUUGAUGAAGUUAGGUGCUGUUCUGAGCAUUAUUUGUGGCUAUAGAGUGGCGUUUUGGUUGAGCGUGUGGCUCCUCAGACCGCCAUGUAUUCCUAUCAUGCGGUUGUUACUGAAGUUGGUAAAACUAGAGACGCAAGCGGUCGCCAACAUUCAUCUCUCGACGGAGUGUCUAACUCUGUGCUAAGGUGUGUUUGACCCUAACAUAAUUUCACGCUGGAAUAUUCCUUUAAUUGCCAUGAGGAUGGGAGUGCACACAGAGAUGCUAACAGCUCUUGAAACUGCAAAACUAGAGCAAACUGCACAGAGAUGGUUUGUGAUUCAGUAAACUCGAAAUCUGACAUCUGUUGUAAUGGUAUCAGACAUGUGGCGGGUGUGUGUUUGAAAGCCUCAUGAAAGUGUCCCGGUCAAUUAUUGGAAGUCAGUCUGUAUUCAUGCAUAACGGAUGUGAUUGCAGUCAUAACACAGGGCCCAGCAGCAACAUGUGGAAUAAAGGUCUUCGUUUCACUUCCACCCCUUGAAGCAUUACCAUUACCAACAGUGCAAGAAACCAUCAUGUCCAGCCCUUGUCAUUGGCUUUUUCAAUGUGAAUGCUGCUGCAAGAAACAGAGAGUAGCAUAGAACAGCAUUGAAUAGAUCAGCCCACAGUCACAAAUACCCAAUUUUCCAAUUCUGACCUGUGUCAGAUCUGUUUCUGAUAUCAGGAUCAGAUCUGGAGUCCCUUUCAAGUCCAGCACAACAACUUUAUAAGGUGAUGGCCCCAAGAUUGAGCAGACCUUUUGAUCCACUGUCUCGCUUUCCUCCAAGCAAAACCACAAAUGCUUUAAACUCCUUCAUGAAAGUGUUCAUAUGAGACUGCAGGAGGGUAAGAGAGAGAGACAGCCGAUAUCCAGACCAUGAAGAGGCUCAAAACUGCCUUCUUGUGGUCUUAAAUUUGAUAUUGUAGCCUCUUUAGCAGGCGAAAUAACAAAAUACAUCUAGAUUUGUGUCUGCCGCAGGUCCUGUAAAUGUUGUUCAGAGAAAGAAGGAGGAGGAGGAGGAGGGCAAUAAAGAGAGAGAGAGAAAAUGAGAAAAGAGAUGUUCAUGUGACUCUGGUGAAGCUGAAGGCAGAUCAACACAGGAGUCAAGACUCUGUAUGUCCUGCUACACAAACAUACACACCAGAGACAUGGAUCUCCAAGUAUCUUACAGAUUAUCACUUUGUCUCAAACUCAAACUUCGUCAUAUUUUCAGCCACAGCCCCGUCUUUGCGUGAAUAAAUACAAAGAUUACUUCUGCUCCAGUGUUACACUCGACAGAUCCAAUCCCAUUACCUCUGCAGUGUAAUUUUCUGCAAAUUACGGCGAUCACUUACCUGUACCUAUUAUAAACAGAAUCCCUGAAGCAAAAUAAGUGAAUUCACACAGUGUUAAAUGGAAAAUUAAACUGACUCUGUUGUUCUGUGUGGAGCAGAAAGAGCUGUUCAUUCCCUACCAUAAGAGUCACAGUAAUCCAACAUAAUAAAGCAGUUACAGAUACUAAUACUUUUUACACACUGAGGGCCUGAUUUACAAUCAUUAUGAAAGAAUGAAAUGAUUAAUUGAUUUAAGGCCUCGUGAGGAAUUUUGGCUGGUAAAGGAACAGACAGAAACUGGUACUGAUGCGUCUUUAUGACCUUCAAAACCAAAUCAAACCUCAGAAAAAGUUUGAAAGUUUCACUGUUAUGACUCUUAAUGAUUCAAAACACCACAAAGGGGUGUGUGUCAGUCCUACGAAAAAGGAUUACAGGAAGGAGAUUAAAGUUUUGAGAUUAAGGUCGAAACUUCGAGAUCAAAAAUUAAAAUUUCAAGAUUAAAGUAGAAAUUUAAUGUGUAAAAAAAUCUAAAUUAUGUCAAUAAAGUCGAAACUUCUUGAUUCAAAAUUGAAAUUUCAAGAUUAAAAUUUGAAAUUUUGAAAUUAAAGUCAAAAUUUCAAGAUUUAAGUUGAAAUUUCGAAAGUAAAAAAAUCAAAAUUAUGUCAAUAAAUUUUGAAACUUUGUGAUUCAAAAAUGAAAUUUUGAGAUUAAAGUUGAAAUUUCGAGAUUAAAAUUUGAAAUUUUUAAAUCAAAGUCGAAAUUUCAAGAUUAAAGUCAAAAUUUCAAGAUUUAAGUUGAAAUUUCGAAAGUAAAAAAAUCAAAAUUAUGUCAAUAAAGUCAAAACUUCGUGACUCAAAGUUAAAAUUUCAAGAUUCAAAAUUGAAAUUUCGAGAUUGAAGUCAAAAUUUCAAGAUUAAAAAAAUUACAAUUUUGAGAUUAGAGUCGACAUUUCAAGAUUAAAGUCGACAUGAAUGAAGUCGAAAUUUCUACAUUUUUUAAAUUUUGACUUUAAUCUCAAAAUAUCUGCUUUAUUCUUGAAAUGGAAAUCAAAAAAAUCUUCCUUCUGUAAUUAUAUUUUUUCUCUUCUUGUGGCCCAAAUCCUUUCGUAUACACCUUUUAUUCAGUGAGAAACAAAAAUACGAGGUCUGAAAAAAAACCCACGUAUGGGACAGUAAAUAAGAUGUGUCAAAUUGUCCACAGGGGGCGCUAAGGUCAACACAAACCAAAAGUUCCUCACAGCGGCUUUGAUUUGCAUUAACUACUAUAACUACUACUUUCUAAGAAUGAUCUUAGAUAAAGCUGUAGUGAUUCUGUUAUUUCAGUGUUAAUGCACAAAGCAAAAUUAAUAAGAAUCACCAAUUAUUGACUUCGUAUUAUGGGAACAGUUUGAUUAAAAAAGAAAAGGAUCUGAAUAUUAAAACCUUAGCGUAAUGGUUAGCUUGCGUCUGUGGAUUAUAUGCCUUUCUACCCAGAAAGCCCUCUGCUAAUGCUGAAAUAUCAGGCUAUAAACUGUGAACUCACGCCUUAUCUCUGUUCCUCUUCUGUAUUCUGAUGUGAAGAUUGAGCGCAGAGUUUCUCUGAUGUAUUGCAGAUGAAUUUCUUGUGGAGUAGCUCCUGCAGGGUGUAUGUCUUCUCUCCACAGUUGACAGAAAGCAAUUUCUGUCUCAGCUCGGUCUAUAAAACACAUUUAUGGUGCAAACCAGUGGGACACCAGAAGAUAAAAGGUCACAUUUUCCCAGCAAAUGAUCUGCUUUUGACUCAUGUGACUUUUCCUCUGUGUGUUUACAGAGGAGCCUUUUCAGAGGUGGUCCUGGCGCAGGAGAAGCUGACCGGCCGGAUGUUUGCGGUGAAGUGCAUCCCUAAAAAGGCCCUGAAGGGGAAGGAGAGCAGCAUCGAGAACGAGAUCGCCGUGCUGAGGAAGUGAGUCCUGUUAGACACGCGCACACACACACACACAUCAGCCUCCUAAUUCCUGGUUACCGGGGCAACUGUGCAUCUCUCCUCUCUUUUCCACACAUCACAAAACCCUCCCUCCCAACCUCUCAUCCACCCCCAGGUCACGAUCCACAGCCCACCCACCACACAGAACCACACCAUGACUGAAACUUCUGUCUGUCUGGAAAAAAGAAAAAACAGCAGCAUGAAAUAAAACCCGGUGAAUAAUGCAGUAAAUUCUUUUUGAAUAAUGUGCUCAGUGUGUGAGUUUGAAAAGCUCAAGACCAGUCCGAGCAAAGAGGAAGUGUUGAUUUCUAACUGCUGUUAGAAAGGAAAUCACGAUGAGGAGAAAGAAAUCACAAAAGAGGGUUUCUUUGAUCGAUUUACUCCCAACUGGGUUACAAAAAUGUGAAGACUCACUGUUAUCAGUAACAAAUCACUUCAUGACACCCCUGAUUUUAUUCACCACCAUGGCUACAUUGGUGUUUGGGGAAGUAAAUCUCCAUCAUUUGAGGACUCAGUUCAUAAUGCGUGUGUACAAUAAGCACAAUAUGUGCCGUCUAUCUGCCAGGCAGAGACACAGCAGUGAAGCAGAUUCAUGAAUGAGCUGCCAUGUUUAGAUACUUCAUUCAGUGUUUGACACAGAUCCAUGGAAACAACGAGAUGCUAACGCAGCACAAGCAGCUUAAAGGGAUAUUCCGGCUCAUAAUUAAUUUAAGGUCAAACAUUUCUUUAUCAUUUCCUUGAAGUAAUAAUCAUCAUAUUAAUCAUUUUGCUCUGCAGACAUGGUAGUUCUUCUGCCUUAGCGUCUCGGUCUGUUUGCAUUUCCGUGAAGAAAUGAUCAGAAAUGUUCUUCCUUGAGCUGCGUCACCCCGCUGUAGUUCACAAUGGACUGGCCUGAGGUCUCCAUACAAACAAUGGGCUGCUGGAAGGGAGUAGGUGAGUUGUGUAUAGUCUCUUUGCUAAAGGAAUUUAGCAAGUGCUGUGGCUAGGACCCUAAAUGUACUGUUGAUGAAAUUAGGUGCUUUUCUGAACAUUGUUUGUGGUGUUUUGGUUGAGGUUUGUUUAUGGCUCCUCAAACUGCUGUGUAACGCUAUCCUGUGGUUGUUACUAAAGUUGGUAUAACUAGAGAAGCAACCUGCGUAAAGCUGGCCCCCCACCCCAAUUAAAUUUAUCAUCAUGAUAAUCUUAAUUCAUUGUCAUCAUGGGGUUUGCGUUUUCAUCAUUGAAAUAAAGUCACAGCAGUGAAACAUUUGGGCUGAUAAAUCGUCUCAUCUCAAAGUCUAUUCAACAUAGAUGACAAAUAAGUUAAACUUCACUUUCGGAUCAUUACCGAUCGAUGUUUAGCCCCACAAAUAAGAACUGUAUGGGUUUUAAACUGUAGAUUUCCAUGGACCACUCUGUUAUGCGCGUUUUUGCGAGGAGCAUAUACUUCUCGGCAGGUGCGCGUUUCUCGGCACAAACGAAGCACAAAUGAACGUUGCCAUUUCAGGUCCAUUUGGAGCAAAUGGGGGGCUGGAUGACGUCAUCGCCGAAAACAAAAGUGUGUAAUAACUUUAAAACCAAAGCAGCACAAACGAACAUUUUAACAGCACUAACGAACAGCACCAAUUCGGGUCCAUUCGGAGCCAAUGGAGGGCUGGGUGACCUCCGGACGUCCUAUAAAACAAUAUUUAAUAACUUCAAAACCAAAGCAGCACAAACGAAAAUUUUAACGGCACAAACGAAGCAGACUAUUUUCCCGAAAUUUUUCAUAUUAUGCCGGAAUAUCCCUUUAAGUAAUGUGAUAGGAAGCAAAUUGUACUUCCUUUAGAGGCCUUUCAGAGUAAAAGACAAAUUAUGAACAGAAACUCUCUUUGUCUACCUCUAAUGAAGAAACGUGUAACCUAACAACUAAAGACAUCUGGGCCUCUGCUGCAGUAAUACAGAUGUUAUAUGCUAUUAAAUACAGCAGAUGUAUUAAUGUGGCGCUGCCGUGCUACAUUAGAGGAAAAUUAGAAUUGCUUUCAGUAAUGAGAGAGAGAUUCAGACAAUCAUUCAGACAAAUGAGUGUCAUUAGCGUAAACAAGUGAGAGUAAGUGAGCAGACCAGCAGCCUGCAGAGUGAAACACUACGCCUGCUUCAGAGGAAAAGCCGAUAGUGUUUCCGAGAACAGGAUAAGACCAAAACAGAGGGCGCAGACUCGGGGUUAAUGCGAGCGAAAUAAGAGUCAAAAACAGAUAUUUGAUGGGGUUUCGAACAUGGCCAGGAAGAACUGGCUCACUUACAGUUUCUGAAAGUACAGCCCCUUCUAACAGUUUCACCUGGAAAGAUGAUUUUUUCAUUCACACAUCCGGCUUCCUGUGACUCACCAAAGAGUCUCCCAAUACUGUGGUGAGAUGUCAACAGGAAGUCAGGUAAUUUGAAAAAAAGAAACAGGCAAAAAUCACCUCUAUUCAGGCCAUUUUAGAGGUGUAUUAGUUUCUUCUUAUAGAGCGUUCAUCCUGUCUGCUUAUGAGCAGGUUUACAGGUAAGAGAGACCUAAAGGAUGAAACACUCAUGAGGGCACUCACGUCAGUAAAAAGGCAUAGACGUGAUGAGCCCUCAGAGCCCGCUGGUUAAAGGGAUAUUCUGGCAUAAAAUUAAGUUAGGGUCAAACACACGAUAAUGCAGAGUUAGACACCCUGUCGAGAGAUGAAUGUUGCCAACCGCUUGCUUCUCUAGUUAUACCAACUUUAGCACCGACAGGAUAGCAAUACAGAGAGCCACGCGCUCAACCAGAACACCACCCUAUAGCCACAAAUAAUGCUCAGAACAGCACCUAACUGUAUCAACCACCAAACAUCUUUUUAGCUUUGUCUGAUUUCUUUAGCAAAGAGACAAAACACAACUCACCUACUCUCUUCCAGCAGCUGCCAGAAGAGAGUGGGUGGAAAUGCAAUCAGACCGAAACGCUAAAUCAGAAGAACUACGGCGUCUGCAGUGCAAAAUGAUUAAUAUGAUGAUAAUUACUUUAAGGAAAUGAUAAAGAAAUUAUCAUAAAUGUUCUUCCUUGAGCUGUGUCACCCCGCUGUAGUCAGAGGACUUGCCCAGAGGUCUCCGUACAAACAAGUGGCUGCUGGAAGAGAGUAGGUGAGUUGUGUUUAGUCUCUUUGCUAAAGAAAUCAGGCAAAGUUAAAAAGAUGUUUGGUGGCUAGUACUGCGGCUGGGACCCUACAUGUACUAAUGAUGAAGUUAGGUGCUGUUCUGAGCAUUAUUUGUGGCUAUAAAGUGGCGUUUUGGUUGAGGUUUGUUUAUGGCUUCUCAGACCGUUGUGUAUUGCUAUCGUGCGGUCGUUACUAAAGUUGGUAUAACUAUGGUAGCAAGCAGUCGGCAACAUUCAUCUCUCAACGUGGUGUCUAACUCGGUGUUGUGGUGUGUUUGAUGCUAAAUUAAUUUUACGCCGGAAUAUCCCUUUAACCUUUAGACAGGAAGUACUUUUUUUCUCAAAUUGGAGUGAAAAAAAAUAAAUUACCUUUGUCAGGUGUUACCUGGACAGCAGGUCCAGACUCAGCAGGUCUACAUUGCCAGGAUAUCAUUGAGGGAUAACCAUAAACACAAAGUCUCUUGUUUUUAUCUUAUGUCAAUUAAACAAAAGCGACACAAACAGCUUUCUGUGUCGUGUUACCUUUUGUAAUGGAUACUAUUAAAGUUAUAAAGCGGUGGCUCCAUUAGUAAGCAGAACUUUGUACAUCAUUUAUCUUCAUUUCCAUUCGGGUUAAUCACUGCUGAGUGUUGCCUUUAUUAUGACUUGCAUUAUUUCAGUCUUCCCGAAACAUUUAGUCUAGUUAAUAAUUUAGGGUGCUCAAAGAAACCAUAAUCAAACUCUGAAUGUAUAAAUAAUAAAUUUGAAAUGAGGAUAUUGAUAAAUACUGGUGCAAAUCAUGAAUAAAUUAUGAGCGCUCUGUGCCAGUAGAAAUGGUCCAUGAGCCUGUAAAGUAGUCACAGUAUAGAGAUGAACUGCAGGCAGGAAAUGAGAAUUCUCUGCUGUGUGAUUACUGAUUACUGCAUUCUUGUAUUAGCAUCAUUUCAAGACCUCUGAUUAGCUGUGAUUGGCUACUUUCACCGUUUCAGAAGUAUGAAUUAUGGGCAGGUUCGACUACUCGAUAAAAAAGGAAAAAAGGGGAGAAAGAUCUGGAUCUAGCUGUAUGUGACACUUUGACAAGAAUGCUCUGUAUGAAAAUGUCCUGCCCAUCGACUGUAUGACAUUAUGUAAAGACAGAGGGUGAUGUCCUUUAGCGGCAAAUAGACGUCAAGUAAAAUGUAAAAGCAAGACGGUGUCAUGUUGUGUCCUAUCUAAUCAUAUCACGCCCUAUUGUGUUAUUCAGACACACAUAAAUCUAAUCGUAUUGAAUCAAACAGAAACAUCUAAUCUUAUCGUGUGGAAUCAUAUCAUACUGUAUCGUUUAUCUUGUUACUGUACUGAACCAAACCUUAUCAUAUGUAGUUCUAUCGUAUUGUACCUGACCUGACCCUAUCAUAUGUUGUCAUAUAAUCAUAUAGUGCUAUAUUGUAUCCAUGGUAUUGUGUUGAUGUUUCAUAUCAGGUUACAUGAAAUGAAAACAUAUUGUAUCAUAUCAUAUUGAAUGAUAUUGAAACAGGUUAAAUCACAUCAUAUCAUGUCAUGUUGUAUCUAUCAUACAUCAUACAGAAUCACAUCGUCUUCCAUCAUAUCGUAAAAUGCUGUAUUGUUUUGAACUUAAUUAAUCCAAACCCUAUCGAAGCAUCUUGUAUUGGAGUGUAUCAUAUCAUAUUGGGUUAUCUAUUAAUGUAACCGCUUCAUAUCGCUUCGUAUCGUAUCAUAUCUCUAUGUAUCGUAUCACACCCCUUUGUGUCGUAUCACAUCACAUCGCUUCUUAUGGUAUCAUUAUAACGUAUUUUUUGGUAUUGUAUCACAUCGCAUCGUUUUGUAUUGCUUUGUAUCGCAUCACUUCAUAUGAAUCCUUUCGUAUUGUAUCAUAUUGGAUCAGGUUGCUUUGUAUGGUUUCGUAUAGUUUCGUAUCAUAUCACAUUACUUCAUAUUGUGUUAUUAUGUAUCGUUUCUUAUUGUGUCACAUCGCUUCGCACUGUAUCCUAUUGUUUUGUACCGUAUCUCAUUACUUGGUAUUGUAUCAUUUCGUAUUGUGUCACAUCGCUUAGAUUCAUAUCGUAUCUCAUGGCAUCACUUCUGUGGUAUCACAUUGCAUCACUUCGUAAGUAUCCUGUCGUAUUAUCCUUUCGUAUUGUAUUGAUUGCUUCGUAUCGUAACGUUUUGUAUUGUAUCACAUCACUUCCUCUCAUAUCGUAUUUUAUCAAAUAGGAUCUAAACAUAUUGAAUUCCAUUAUAUUGUAUCAUGUUGUGUUAUACCAUGUGGAAUCAUGUUGAAUCAUAUCAAAUCAUCUCAUAUUAUCAAGUUCUAUCUUAUCCUAGCAUAUAAUUCCGUAUCGUUACAAUGUCAUAUUGUCUUGAACUGAAAUGACCUGAACAGCACUGAAUCAUCUCUUAUUGUUUUGUAUUGUUCGGCCUCAUAUCACAUUGAAUUGAACCCGAUCCAAUUAUGUUAUGUAGAACUGAACCUAUUGCGAUGCUUUGUCCAAUUGCAUUGUAAAAAUGGUAUCCAUGACAACCAAUAGUAUGAUUUUCGUCUUGCUCCUGGAGAAUGCCAUGUUUCUGUUCCGUGUAAAUGACUGUUGACUUCCACGUCAUUGCUCGUCAAUGUCCUGUUUAUUAUCGCAUCAAAUGAUGUAUUUGUGACUUCAGUAUACUUUAGAGCUAAUGAGGCAUGAAAACCAUUUUAAAAUAUGAGGGGAAAAAAAUAGAAUAAAUUACCACAUAUUACAUCUGUCAGUGUACAGCAGUAAUCAAGGACACAUUCAGGACAAACCAUGAAUGAGAAUCUAACUGCAGCAUAAUUCCUGUGAUGAAUAAUAGGGCUUUUCUGAAUGCACGCUGGCUCAUCCUCUGCCAUUAUAAUCAGACUGUUUGCUGCCAGCUCUUCAUUAUCCCAGGCAGGGCUUAAAUACACUCACAUUAUCCCUCUUCAACCUGCACGACUCUCUGGUUUUCCGUGUUGCCGUGUGUGUAUGAGUCAUUUCUCAGCCCUGUGGUUCAUCGCCUGCAUGCCAUCGCUGAGGUCGCAUGCUCUAUAAUAAGUGUUUGAUGCUCACCUGCGCACCUGUUGUGGAGACCUGUAUGUGUGUGCAUGUGUGUGUGCAGGAGAGAGAGACAGACAGACCUAAGGGAAUUACUUCUUUUCAGGAUGCAAAAGAUGAUUAACCCACACACAGAAUCAAUCUUGUUUCUACGAGGUAUGAGGUGUAAGGAUAAGGAAUGUACACCUACUCACAGACACCCAAACACACACACCGAUGAACCAAUGAAACACCUUGAUCUCACCACUGUAACCAUGGAGAAAUCAAGAGAGAGCUGACAGGAACGAGCAUCAUUGUGAAAAGAAGAUGGAAAUUCUCCUUGUGUGUCUAAUAUCUAAAAUACCCAAAAAUUUAUGCGAUAUUUCUGUACGGAGGUAUUUUGAAGUGUGAGAAACACCGAAGCACGUAUUUGCUUGUGAUUGCAGGGAGCAGCGAAACAACUCUCUCCCUGUGUACCAAUAUAACUGUAACAUGUCAAGAGCUGUCAACCUGAACAUCACCAAGAGUUUCUGAAAAGUAAAAAUGAAAAAGGAUCUGCUGCCAAAAAAGCUGUCGAUAGUUUCUCCACUGCAACCACCAAAGCUCAUAGAGAAGUGAUCACCCAAAGGUCAAGGAGCUGAAAAAAAAACUACAGAUUAUUGCCCUUAUAACUCCACCUAAUCCUUCAGUGUGGAAGAAGAUGUUUGCAGGCUUCUGCAGGGUCAUGAUGCGCUGGGGUUGGUACUGGUACAAAUGUCAAGCUGAAAUGAGUCUGAGGAUAAAACCUAACAGUGUGCAUCCAUGAUUAAUGUUUAUUUGUCUCCAUUUUAAAUUGUUUGGGGGAGGACAAGACCUCUGAAAAUCUCCAUUCAGGUUUGAUUGAGAUGAUUGAUCACACUGAGUAGAUUAGCAGCAGCUCCAACAUCAUAUUCAGAUUUAAUGCUCAGAUGUGAGUUUGUGGCGUUCAUUAAAUUCCUGUAAAUAACUGCAAACAAAUAAUCCAGAGAAGAAGAAUGCACUGCAAAUGAUCUGACCUGUAUCUGAUUCAGGGUCCCUGCUAUAAUUUGAAAAGGUUUUGUAUCCAGACUGUCAUAAAUGAGAGAAAAACACAGAUUUGAGUCACUUUUUCCUGCAGAACAGCAAAGACGAUCGAAAAACAAGAGCUGUUGAUUUCCCCGGUCUAGAUUAUAAAGCCAUUUUGGGAGAAAAAACAGCCUCCAACAAUCUGGAUUAUCAGUAAAGUUCACUCAUGGGUAUUAAUUGGUAAGCCUCAAUCCUGCUGCAGUCAUUGGGAUUAAACUUUAUUUGUUUGACUGAUGGGUCACUGUGAUGUAAGAAAUGCUGCGGCCUCCGAAUAAAAGGCUGAUUUUUUUUUGUUUUUGUUUUGCAGGAUUAAGCACGAAAACAUCGUGGCGCUUGAGGACAUCUACGAGAGUCCGGACCACCUCUACCUGAUUAUGCAGCUGUGAGUUUUCUUUUCUUUGUUUGUUUGUUUUCUGUGUGAUAUCUGUGGAGAAGAUACUGGUCAGAAAACUGCAAACGAAUUAUCAGGUUAAAGUGAAAUAGGUAUCGUGGUUGCCACUCAGUGCGGCUUUGCUCGACCAUGCCCUCCAUUUUUGUAGAAAACUAAACUGUUUUAGUUAGAGGUUAAGAGUGCAUGGAUUGGCCUGGUGACUAUGAGAGCGCCCUCUGCUGGAUCACAUCACAACAAGCUGUUUUACGCAGUGGUGUACUGAAUCAUUAUGAUGCUUAUAACAGUUCAAAUAUGAACUUUUACCCCAGAGUUCGAAUAAAGGCUCAAAUUUUGGAUAAAAACAAACAGCCUGAAUGCACGUCACUGACUCUGACUCUGGAAGUUUGAGUUUCCUCUCCUCCUUUUCCUUCUCCUUCUCGUCAUGCAAAGAAACAUCUUUCUCGACAGGAUUAGUGCUCUGUUUUAAACAGACUCUAAAAGCAUUUAUGGGCCUGUCGAGAUAGUGAGCUCUGUGCUGAAACUGAUUUACUUUUCACAAGGACCCUCUGCAAAAGUUAAAUAUACUGGUAACAGCUCUAGAGAUGUCUUGUAAUGUGUAUUUUUAACAUCACAAAGAAGUGAGCAGCAAGGUUUCAGGGAUCAGAUGCAACCUAAGAGACUCUCUGAUGUGACCCCUAACAUGCUCUUGGAGUGUAAACACGUGCAGAUAUGCUUGUUAUUUUACCAUAUUUCAUCUUUUUUUGCCUUAGGGUUGAAUUUUGUUACGUUCAAGGAUAAAGUUGCCCAGAAAUGUCAGUACCAAACGUGGAGAGCAGCCUCUAUGUGAAUUAUAUCUUAUGUAUGAAAAAUAAGGACGUGAAUUUGCAUGUGAACCCAUUUUCAUUUCAACAGGUGGUAGUUUGCAGAGAGAUUUUUUUUCCUUUGUCAAAAUUUUCCUUGAGAUAUUCAUAAUACACACUACACGAGCCAAAAAUUCAUUAAACCCUACCUCGCAUGUGUAAUCUUAUUCUUCUGCUCACCCACGCCAACACAAGCACACACACAAACACAUGCACACUUUCUCUGCAAUGACAGCAUUACUGAGAUGACAACAUCGCACACACAUAGAAACACAAACACACAAAAAGCCCACCCAUCCUCCUACACACACACACACGGUUACACGGCCUCUGUUGUUGUGCAGUACAUCAGGAACAUCUCUGCUUUAAUGGUCAGCUCCAGAGAGAGGAGCAGGGUGGCUCGAUGCUCACCCAGGGGUGCUCUACUAACCUCCUGUGAGAGGUGACUGCUGCUUCUUACAUAAGAGGAGAAGAUGUUCUGGAGGUUUGGCAUCAGUAUUGGAAAGAUUUCAGUCAAGCUGAGGUGGAAGUCGUGGCUGUGGAUUACACAACAGUGACUGUUUACAGCCUGGUGUCGGCAGAUUAUCUGAUCAUCUACUGUAUGUGUCUGCUGCUGCUGUGAUCUGUCUGCCAACUCUGGUCUGGAGAGACGAAAAAUACCACUUUUCUCUGGUGGUGCUGCACUGAAAUAUUAUUUUAUCAUCUAGACUAUUAAGUUUAUGUCUCAUUUUGAUGGUAAAAUCCUGUAGUUUUGUAUUAUUGAAACGUUUUUAGUGUACUAAAAUCGAAAAAGCUGCAGCGUAAUGAUUCAACUCCUCAUUUAUAGGGGAAAAUAAACUAUUAUGUCCAACAUAUGUAACUUUCUGUAUGUAUUAAUAGUUUUGUACAGGGUUGUUUUUGACUCUUAACUAGCAUGGAGCUGUAAUCACAGUAGAUGACUGUAAUAUUACAUCACAGUCAGGUAGUAGCACGUCUGCUAAGUGUGUUACAUCACAUGAAAUCCCUCUAUUUUCCAGACUCAAGUCAACGUCUCACUCUCAUUUAACAGUUAACCUUAACCUUUUGACCGACUGCACUCCUGUCUUGGAUCGGUCAAUUAACGUCUAUUUCCUUUCCUGCUGCCACCAUCAAUUAGUCCAGGUAAAUACUUUAGAUAGACUUUAAAGUCGGUGUUAACGCCUAUUCUUGGUCUCUUUACUACUGAAGGUCUUAAUGCUCUAGCUGGGUUUCCCCAAACUAGAGGAUAUAAAUAAUGGAUUUUCCAACUCCAAAAGUCCACUUCUAACUAAGGAUUAUUAUUAACCAAGGAAAACAUUAACCAAUAUUUUGAACCGAUGUUUCUUUGCAGUAAAAUGGCAUAUUUUGGAGUCAAAAUUUUAGAUGACACACCUGGGAUUAGACUGAACACAGUACACUUUUUGUUUGUUAGUUUGUUUUGUGCACUGUAAAAAUCUGAUAAAAAAACAACUUAAACUAUCAUAUAAUAAUGUGAAAAUCUGAUUUAAAAAAAAAACAACUUUCACUGUUGUAUAAUAAGGUGAAAAUCUUUGUUGAAAAGAUUUAAACAAUUGUUUUAUCAUCCUAACAACAAAAACAGCAAGAAGUGCUGGGAUUUUAUAGCAGCAUUUAUGAUCAAAUCUAACUGAAACUAACUAGAAGCUUGAGUAUUGAGUGGCCAAUCGAUGGGGACUGUAGGCGGGACAUUGUUACACAGCCGAAAGAGGCGGCUGUGUAAGAGCUGAAUACGCGUGUUUUAAAAUAAACUUAUAUUAUCGGCUAUCAGUGUAAAAAAAACAGCCGAUGCCGAUUAUUGUAAACUUGACGAAUAUCGGCCAGUAUUAUCGGUUCAGAUUGCGUGUUGUUGCGACGUCUGAUUCACAGGAAUAUCCAACACGGUCGACUGGCGGAUUGUUUCCGUGUCGGAGAACAGAGUACUUUUUGAUAAAAGACACAAACAAAACAAAGAUAACGACCCGAAGGACAACUUGUGGAGAGUCAUAGCGUCGGAUUUCUCAUAUGACGAUGGUUUGUGUGCUUUAACAGUUUGCUAAACGUCUUUCGUCUAUCUUUCAUUCAUCUGUGCUAAGUAACUUUAGCUCGUAAGCUAACCUGUUCAGAUACAACAUACCAUAUGUUUUUUUCACUGUCUCAAACUCAAUCACGUUGCUGUCACAGCACCAUUAGGUCUCAGUUGUUACCUUACGUUUAUGGAUUAUAGUUUAAUGUGCUUAUCUGGUACUGACCCCGACUCAGUACAUGCUAUCAUGACAGACAGACAUCUCAACUCUAGAGUCUAAUCAGAACUGAAAAACAGUCAGUCUGCUGAUGUGUCAGUCUUCUCGCUUCCACCCGAGAUGCGUCUUUUUCCCUCCGGAAAGUCGCAAAAUCGCAUCGUCAAAAUUCGCCUCCGAAUAUUUCGUAAUUUCGCGUUCUAUAUUCGUGUCGGCCCCGGUGUGUAAAGACCUUGACAUUUUUGCUUCAUGUCAUUUAGAUUCCUCAGGAUCUCUAUUAUCAGCCUUUCUGCCUUACUUAGUUCAGCUCAUGUUUCAGAGUCAGUAUAUCCACUUCAAGAGGAGUUUUUCAUCUGAACAUAUUCAUGUUCACGUGACUUUUUCCUCUGAUUUUUUAUGUCAGUCGCUCUGAUACACUCACUGCCUUUCAGAGUGAAGUGCCCCUCAUUCAGAGCCUGACACAGAAACAGGAAAGACCUUGUUCCUGCUCCCUCUCCUCCUGUACACCUCCCAUCAUCUGUUUUUUUCUCUCUCCCCUCACACCAUCUGCUCUUCCUGUCUUUCACAUCAUUGCCUCCUUUCCUCUCCUCUCACACCUUAUUUCCUCAGCCACCACCUUUUACCUUUUUCCUGCUUACUUGCAUUUUUUCCGGUCUUGUAUUUUCACCCAUCUGUCACCAUCUGUUCAUGUAAUCCUGGUCAGCUGCUAUAGUUACCAGGUCAAAGGUGACGUUUUGGCUCUGACGGAGGAACCUUGAGGACAACAACGUGGCGAGAAUAUGACAGUACAUGUAAAUACACAUAAAGAUGCAGCAAUUUCUCUGCUGCCAUUUAAACCCCUUUUUAGAUCUAUUUGUUAUCAUGAUACAAUAUUUAAUAUUGUUUGGACAAAAAACACAAGAUACAGGAACAUCAUGUUCUUCUCCAUCCUCUUUCUGUCUGUCAUUAACUUUGAAUCAUCAUGUCCCAUUAGAGUCACUCAUACACAGUCUUUUCUGGGAGUCCCUGAGCUCCAGCGUGCCCUGAGUUCCUCUUAGGUUUGGACCUGCCUCCUUUCCACCUACAUGCAUCAACCUCAUCUCUGUCCAUCAUCUCUUAGAUGAAUCUGGUUCUCCUCAAGGUUUCUGCCUAUUAAAGGAAAUUGGAAAGGAUUUGUUCAAGUGAUAAACAGGAAAUUAUCUUGUAGCUAAAGUUCUCUCUAACCUACCUGACAUUUAAAGGGAUAUUCCGGCGUAAAAUUACUUUAGGGUCAAGCACACCAUAACAUUAGCCUGGCUGGGCCAUCCUGUUGCGUGAAUCACUUGCCGUUCCUUCCCACAACAACGGAACGGCUAGUGAUUCACACAACAGGAUGGCCCAGUCAGGCUACAAGCUUUUCCCUCUGAACCUCAAACAAACUGCAGUGGCUUGCUUUUUGGUAAACACGGUGGAUUCCUCAAGCAGCUAAAGCACAAACCUUUCCCCACAGGAGUCAGAAUAUUGAACUCUCAUUCACCGGGUGUCCAGAAACAGACGCUGAAGUGAAUGCUGAUGUUGCUGUUGUGUCUGCUGGAUGUGCAGAUAGAAAACUUUCGGCCAGACUCACGACCAGACCUUACAUUUCUAUUUUCAUUAUCUAUUUUUCCAGAGACUGUGUCAGUGAAAGAUUGUCAGAGAUGUGGCUCACAGCAGGGAGAAGGAGAGAGGGUGAUUGAAGGGUGUCUGUCCACCCUGAGUGGCAGCUAAACCCUCCCCCCUAACACAGACUGUGGUGGAGGUGUUUGCCGAUGAUAUGAUGAAGAUGAUGAAGAUGAUGAAGAUGGUGAGGCUGUGAAGGCUGGAGGGCAAUGGGAGGGAAGGGAGUCUCUCACAACAAUGACAUUAUUGCAGUGUGUCUGCUGAUGGUGUCUUCCCAGUUAAAGCUCAUUCUUGCAGUCAUCACCUGUGCAUCAGUAGCUGUGUUUACAUGGGAACAAAUAAUUGGUAUAAAUGCGCAAUCGGAUUAAAAAUGCGUCAUGUAAACAUGUCGAUCAGAAGAUUUUGGUCCAUCGGAAAGAAAUUGUAUUCCGAUCGAGAAGGAAGGUUUAUGCUGAUUGUUACGAAAGGCGUCCAUGUAAACAUUUAAUCCGAUCGUGACUCUCUUAGCCGACUUGAUCUUCACUCUUUAGUCUUUGGCUUAUUUAUUGAGGCCAGUACAGGAGGUUCAUUAUUAACACUCUAGCAUAAAACGCAACCGCAGCUGCCGUGUCUGCUCCUCUGAUAACAUAACAAGGCGUACAUACGGCGUGAUGAUGGUACAUCUGCACACACAGUGCAACCUUUAACAGAACAGCGAAAUAAUGCUGCGUUUGAGUUACUUGAAAGUUAUUUAGCGCUUUCCUUGUCUGAAUAUAAGGCAAGCGCUAAAAUAACUGUCAUAGAUGUAGCCAUCUUGUUUCCACCUCUGAUUUUGCUUUUUUCCGACUUGGUAACUGAAACCCUGGGAACUGUGUCAUUAUUUUCAGCUCUGACUUCUGACUUCCGAGGUAACUCAGCAUAAGUAUGCAAGGGCGCCAUCUAGUGACAACAUUUGACAGGGGAAAAACUCCUGAAUUGGAUGGAGUGAGCCACUACGGCGUUUGUUUGUUUGUUUACCGCACAGGCGCAAAUACAACUCUUCUUCUGUGGUUGUUUUAGCAAAAUCAGACGACUCUGCGCAUGUCCAAAUGCCUCUGUAUACCAGCGUCGUGAUCGGAUUGUUUGAUUUUGCAUCCAUAUAAACAGUGGAUUCAGAUUAUCCAAUCCCUCAAAUUUUAAUCAGAUCAAGAAAUUGUGAACAUGUAAACAUGGCAGGUGACAUCUCACCUCACCUGAUUUCCCCUUCAUCUAAUUUUUUUUAAUUUUAGAGGAUUUUAGCGACGCUUUUCAUUGUUUUUGAUGAUCCGACAGACUAACGCAGAUCCUUCUGUCUUUGCUGUGAUUAAUAUUCCGCAAAGCCACUCUGAGUAAUCUUUUUAAAGCACUGUGCUCAGAGGUAAAUACAGAGACGCUUCCAUGAAAAAAUGUUCAAAAUAAAGAGGAGUUAGUGAAAAGUAGAGCGCUUCACUCCUCACUCCUCCUGCAGGCUGUUUUUUCUUUCAUACACAGAUUCUUCAUCACUCCACAGCUGAUGCGCUGAAACCCCCAAAAACAGUUUCAUCCAUUAUUUCUGCUGCAUCGCACAGAAAGAAAGUGGCACCGAUCACCGCUGCAGCUCAGAAAACCCAUUUAUUUUGAUGUUUAUUAUUAACAUGUCAGAGUUUUGUCAGCGGACAGAAAUCUCGUUAUGUACAAGGAUUUUUUGAAUAUUUUUGGGUGUAAUUGCUUUGUAGCUGAUCAACGCAGCCUGACAGUGUUUCCUUCGUUCCCGUUCAUCACAGCUUGUCUUACGUAAUCUCGGCCGCGGGGAGGCAAUCAGUCCGUGCUGCCAGGAGAAUCAAUGCAACCAAGUGCAAUGUGGGCAUUUUAUUGAUGUUGUGAAUUGGAUACCAGCGAAAGAUAAAAACGAAUGAAGUGUAGGGAGCUGAUUUUUCUUAGCGUGCCACUUCUGAUUGUGAUGACCUGUCAUCGAAACAAGGUGAACCAGAGUUUGAAGUCUUAUAAAAACAGAAAAAACAACUUCUUUUGGCAGGAUUUGGAUCUAGAAAAUAAAUAUAAAGUAGUAUGAAGGCUGUGUCUGGUUAUCGUGGAAUAUAACCACCCAGAGUAUGGUGUGACUGGCACAUGUGGUUAUUGACGUGCAUGAAGGACCAAAGGCUGGCGGUGAUAGUUCAUCCGAGGUUAACCACACUCCAAAACCAGUUGACACAGUUUCCCAGCAGACUCUCUGAUCAGAUUUUUGUCAGUGUUGAAUAAAUUGUUUAAAUUUUGAUUCAUUCUGGUCUGGUUUGACACCUUUCCUCUUUCCUUCUUUGCCUUAAAGGUCUAUUUCUGCGAAUUUCACUCUGAAUCAGAUCCAAUUAGAGGAGUUUCCUACUUCCUUUAAUAGCUAAUUGUCACAAAGUCAAGAUAUUAAUAGCAUUCGCUUGUUAAGUAGCCGUCUAGCUGAGGGUUGUUGACACAGAUAAGGAGCUUAAUAGAUUAAGAGUAAUAAUAGUGCACACAUGAUUAACAUCCUCCUCGUGUGAGCAAACAUUUGUGAAUCAAACUGGAUUUCCCGCUGCAGCCUCGUCUUCCCGCCGCUGAUGGAAACUAAUCAUCGCAGCGGCUCAGCAGUCAGACCGCCGACUCUCUGCUGUGAUCAGUCUGAUCAGUUUCCCCCCCAACUCUGUGACGCCUCUUUGUCGCACAGCAUGUGACACCCACACACAUGCUCAAAAAUAAGGUUCACCGCCGGUCUUGGUAUAGCUCUAUCGUCUGGAGAGUAAAAAAAAGGAGAAAUGACAGAAGGGAGAUGUGUUUGAAUGAUUAGUGUGGUUACAUCUGAAGAUGAGAGACGGAUCGAUCAGUGGUCGGAAAAGAGAGACGAGUCGAAACACUUGAAUACUGAAGAUGAUGGGCAUGAUGGGUAAUGUGGUGGCAGCUAUCUUCCUACGGUCAAUAUCCUCAUUUAUAUACGCUGUACAAAGACAAGAGGAUAUACCAAUGAGAUUUAAUCAGAUUAUAGAUAAUAAUAUCUGUGCAGAAUGAAAAUGAUCAACACGUUCAUCAGAUUUUCACUAAUCCUAUCCUCACACCGCUGGGUGCAACCAGCGGGAACAGGAAGGGUCAAGUGUCUUGCCUAAAGACCUCAGAAAGGAAGGUCUUCGGUCUACUCCAUGGACUGUAUAUACUAUGGACUACUUGGUUCCGCCUCCCGUCAGUAUACGGAGUUGAAGCCAAAAAGCUCUCGGUGUUUCUGUGUUUUUUCUUCAUUUCCUGAAACCAGCAUUGUGCAGUAGCGUUGUACGCAUUCGACGGGAGAGUCACCGAGAGUCGCUGUGAUGACGCUCUGCUCAAACAGCGUAUCCCUGGGUGAGCUACACAAUCCUCGUAUGCCCGUAGGCUGUAACAGGUGUCAAUCAUAGAAAACAUAACUUUUAAAAAUGGAGCCGUACAGAAAAAAGAGGACUUGAGCACAAACCAGUCUUACAAGAACUACACGUCAACACCACAAGCGGGGGGGGGGGGUUAUAUUCUGUGUAAUACAAUUCUAAAGUUUGUCCACAGCUCCAUAAGGAUUGCUGAAGGAGGUGGGGUUUAUGACCUAUACUGCAGUCUGUCACCAGAGGGUGCUGUUCUCAGAGUGGCUUCACCCAGCGAGGAGGCAGAUGGCAUCCAUUCUAUAUACAGUCUAUGGUCUUCUCUUAAAGGUAGAGAUAGAAGGUGUCUGCCCCUCACACCUCCAGAGGUGAUGUUCCUGAUACCUGAAAGCUCUAUGUCCCCAGGCCACAUUUAGAGACUUUUGGUAUGAUAUGCAAGUCUGCAUAUCAGGACUGCAGUGUCGUUGAAGGGUAAUAGGGAACUAGGAUGUCUUUAGGAUAUGAUGGUGCCUGACCUUGUGGGUCUUAAAAAGAAUUAUGAGAAGCUACAACAGGAGAGAUGUGCUGAAGACUCCUGAGUGUACUCCAGAUAAUCAUGAAUUCACUCAAAAACUGCAGACCUUCAAACUCAGUCUGGGACAUGACCAACUUUACAGAGCGCUGUGACCUUUGACCUUGUUACCUCGUCCUCCUGGCAGUAUGGAUGUGUGUUACAUUGUGCCAACUGUCUGUUACUUCAUGUGUAACUGUGUUAUCUUUAUACUUGUCUUUGUUUGAGAUUUGCGGUUUUCUUUUUUGUCUGCGGUCCUGCUCCUGCAUCUGUGUAUCUGUGUGUGUGUGUGUGUGUGAGCGUGCAUGAAUGUGUGUGUCCAUGUGCUCCUGUCUGAUUGCCAUGGUCUCCUUACGCAAACGCUUACGCAACCAUGCAGCCUGGUGGCUGAUCUCCCUUUCACCGUGUGUGUGUGCGUGCGUGCGUGUGUGUGCAUGUGUGUGUGUGUUUAGCACUUUCUUGUCAUCCCCAGACAUGACUGCCUCUGAAACUGAACGAGUCGCUGCCCUCUUUGAAGAGAGAGAGGAUUAGCAAUUAAUUCUGAUCUCUUUUUUUCAGAAACUUCAUUAGAGUUUAACUUCCACUGGCUCUAAUCUGAUGUCGCCAUGACGAUGCCACACACAUACACACCCUGCAGUCUUUGUGUGUAUAUGUGAGGACAUUCGUGUCCAUCGGUUACAUGCUUGUUGUGUUACAUGCUUUAAAAAGUAUACUCAUGCAGAAUAAAGAGCAUAUUUACAGAUGAUUCAGUAAAACUAUAUUUGUUUAUGACCCACAUUAAAACACAAGCAUGUGAUGAGAUGAUGUUGUAAAGUGAGGUGGGGUUUUCCUCCAGCAGGGGGAGCUAUAUGUCUGUACUGCAGAUAUAAUCAGACUCCUGUCUGUGUGGACUGUUUCCACACCUGAACAAGUCAUUUCAUGCAUUUUGGAGUCAUGCAGCAUCAAACUAAAUAUUAAAAGAAUCCGCCAAAGGGGAGAAAAUGCUAAUGAACAUCUUUAUGUCUUGAUAUUCGGUGCACAGUGAGUUUCUCGGUCGGUGGUUUUCAGUCUGUCUGCAGUUCAAAUAUGUCUGGAUAUUUUACCACCUUGGCAGAGGCUUCAGCUCCUGAAAAGAGCAGCUCUUAAAGUCAGAUUUAUUAAAGGUUAUAAAAGGUUUUAACUCCUUCUUAGGUUUGCUUUUACUCGAUGUGUCGAAUUUAGAGCGAGAAGAAGUUGCAAAGGAUGAUUAAGAAAUUAAGAGAAAAGGUGUUUUCUCGCAAACUUGAAGGUGUGAUUAUCAGAGCGUUUCAUUCAAGGAUGAGGACAAAAAAGGAGAGAUUUUGAACUGUUUGCUCAGGAAACACGUGAAAUAAUCUCAUCUUUAUGGCACACAACCAUACACAAAUGAACAAUGUCCUCUCAAAGUCGGGAAAUGAGUGAAAUUCCCAGUUGGGAAUCAGUCUGAAUGGAAAAAAGAAAGAAAAACAAGACCUCCAGGAGCACAAGAAAGAUUCCCCACAUUUUAUCACCUUUUAGAAAUAACAUCAGUCUGCUAAAAGGUGGUAAAUGCUACAGAAUACUUCAGUGUGUGUGUGUGUGUGUCUGAGUGAGUGAGUUCGCACAUGCCUCACAGCUUCCACACACUCUUGGCUGGAAACAUCCACAGCUCAUAAAUUACCAGAAAUCUAGACCCUGCAACACCCCCCCCCCUAAUCUGUUACCAGUUACCGCCAUGUGUGCAUGAAUGGCAUCGUUUUCAACAAACACGCUCUAACACAAACACACCUCCUUUGCAUCCUGCAGGGUGUCAGGUGGAGAGCUGUUCGACCGCAUCGUCGAGAAAGGUUUCUACACGGAGAAGGACGCCAGCACGCUGAUCCGGCAAGUCCUGGACGCUGUCAACUACCUGCACAGGAUGGGCAUCGUACACAGAGACCUGAAGGUAAAGACAAAACCCCGCCCCCCUUUCCACAUAUUUACCCCACACAAGCAGGUCGUUUUUUUCUUUCGACAGUUGAAGAUUUACGGCGCUAAUAAGGGCAGCGGCUCCACACAUGCAGAGCAUUGUGGGUCAGCCUGGCGCGUGCCGGCUGUUAGAAGAGAGGGGAUUGGUCGGAGCUGCCCUCAUAAACCCACACUCUGUUUAAGGAGGAAAAUUAGAGGGUUGUGUUUGACGCUUUCUUUUGAAGUUGCAGAUAUAUGAUGUCCUGAUAUAUCUCCUAAUGAGACUAACGUUUGACAACAAGAGCAAAAUUUAAAACCCUAUAAAAAGAAAGAAUUAUGAGCUCUCCCUCUCUCCCUCUCUCUCUUUCUCUCUUUUUCCAGCCAGAGAAUUUGCUGUACUUCAACCCGCAGGACGAGUCAAAGAUCAUGAUAAGUGACUUUGGUCUUUCCAAGAUGGAGGGCAGCGGUGACGUCAUGUCCACUGCCUGUGGCACGCCUGGAUAUGUGGGUGAGUUAGUCAGUGAGUGUGCAAACACAACAGAGUGCUCUUUAAAAAAAAAAAAAUGUCAGACCUUCAGAGGUUGCACCAGAACAUGAGAUACAGCCGGUUCAGGUUCUCCCAGAUGGAGACAAAGGGGGGAAAGGUCCAAAACAUGCAUUUCUCCUGUGCCAUCUGUUUUUGCCAUGUGGGGACUGGAAUCCUGCGAGAUACCAGUACUGUUAGGAGCCCCCCUGCAACCAAGACCUCGUGCAACCCACCUCUGCUAGAAACUGAGGCAUCUUUUGAAUCAAACCAACAUUUCAUAAAGUUUAAUCACUUAAAGGUACAGAAUGUAGAAAUUUCUCCAGUUUAGCUUUUACUACGCACCCACUAUGUUAAGGGUCGGUUUUGACUUGUGUCUUAAAUCAGCUGUAAAUCACACUAAAAACAAUUCUCCAUCAUCCAAUUUGAUUCUCACCUCUAGGUUACCUUGUUAGGCUUCAUUAUCCAUGAAAAUAUUGCUUAUAAUAUUUUUCGUUGUGGGCCUCUGGGCCUUUCUUUGUCAGUAUACCCCUCAUACAGACAUCUAUACUGAAUUGAUCUCACAUGUCUGGACAUGCCCAACGUUGUAUUUUGUGCAGAGAAAAUAAAAAUUCCCUAAAUCUCACAUGAUUGGAAGAGGAUCUGACUGUCAGUGUGGUGCCUGAUAGUUCACUUAUGAUUUAAGUUUUUGCUCUAAUUAUUAGAUAUUGAUCUAACCGGGUCAACAGCGAUCCUAACACGUUAUUGCGGCACGAAUAUCCCCUCAAGUUUUAUUUUUUAGCUCCCGCCCAAUUCGCGUCUAAUCGCGUCUUUGCAUUGACUUAACAUGUAAUUCAUUCGCGCGAAUGAUUUUACUCACGCUUGGUGUGUGGAGACAGUUAAGAAGCUGCAGCUGACUCUAUUAUAACCUUGAAAACUGGAACCCUCUGAUGUCCGACCUUUAUUAUUGUCCUGCCUAAACCCUCUUGGGUCCUGGGUAGAUCUACUGUAAGUCUCUUUUUGCGGUUUCUAUUGUCAGCCGUAUUCAGUUUGUCAGUCAAGCUUUAUUUAAAAUGUCAGCAUUCACUGAGCACUUUUACUAUAUUACAUACUGGUAUAUUAAGCUCUGCUAUUAAUGAAUGAGAAGAGGUUAAAGAGCAAAUUUCGUUUCCACAAAGCCAUCCUCAGCUACUUAGCCCAUGAUUAAGACUUUACUGUUUCUAUUUUCAACCAUAUUGUUGCAGGGUUAAAGGUUAUCAGGAUGAGGACUUAAUGAGGCAUCGCACACCUCGGUAAAAGGAGUUUGGCUUGAGUUUUUUUGGAGUGUAGACUUCUCCAAAUCCAAUUAGGGGCUAAACAGUGCUGUUAUUGUUAGCCUAAACUCUGCCUGCCUCCAGGAGUGGCUCUCAUUCAGCGGUGAAACUCAGGCAACAACAUCAGCUUAUGUCAAAACAGAUUAACGCUCUGUUCAGUCAGCCUCUUUGUUUUUAUGAUCUUGUUAUUUGCUCGAAAAGGGGAAAACUUUCUCAGGUGGAUAAAUCUUAUAAAUCAACAGACCUGCUUUUGCUCUAAACUCUGAUUGGAGGAUUUGGUGAACUGGCGAAUGUUUUCCUGGUCAUACCGGCGUCAUGGUUCAGUGACGCUUUGGCACCGGCUGAAAGUGUGAAUAUGGUCUGAGCUGUCUGUACUUCAAUCCACCGAACACAUGAAAAAUUCAGAGCGCACAUGCUGAACCAGUCUGAUGGCAGUCAUCUCCUCUGAAUAUUCACGGAGAUCCGGAGAAAAGGGAGAGGUGUAUUUUGUGUCUGUUGAUGCUCAUUUUUGGAUGUGUGUGAAUUAAAAUGAAUGAAACACAGCGCACACACAUACAGUGCUCAUUAUAAAGGAGUACGCCCCUUCAGAGUUGUCAGAAAAACUUUAGUUUCAUUUCAAAAUCAACAUUUUCUAUGUCAGACUACACAACAAAAUACUCCCCCACAUGUAGGCCAUUGAUUACAAACAAGAUUUUGUAAGUUGCAUGCACAAAAGUAUCUUUUUCCAUUUAAAAUCAGGAUGCAAAAAUGAGAACACCUUAAUCGAAGUUCUGGGAGCAAAGCUAAAUUUUAUCGACUAUAUCUCCCUUAUUUUCAUCUUAUGGUAAAUAAAAUGUUAUGUUAAACUUUGUCAAAACUUUGGACAUUGUCCUUUUGCUCAUCUAGAUAUUGAAUAAUACAUUACUUUUAAUAGGGUGUGUACUGACUUAUGCUGGGCUCUGUACUUACCAGACUCAUAAUUAACUCACAGACCAAGUGUGCAAACGUGAGUAAAAUCAGAAGUGUCGGAAAAUGUGAUUAAAUUUUGUGUUUAAAUCCAGGUUGCAUCUGUCUGCCUGUGUGUGUAUGUGUCUAUGACUACAGACAUCUAAAAAAAAGUCCAAUAUCUGAUGUAAGCUUGCACACACUAGUAUAAUAUUCAUGUUGGACAGAGAGAGUGAAAUUCCUCAUAUGUGCACUCAUACCUGGCCACAGUUGAAGCUCAUUCGGCUCCGAUUCUUUCCAGCGUUUGACUUUAAAUGGUCAAAUCUUUGCAUCAUACAUUUCUCUCUCAAUCCCAUUCAGUAAAUUUAUCGUCUUCACCCACAAAGCCGAGCCCCCUCACCCUCCUGCAGAGCUUUACAUGGCCAAAAGGCAUUUCCACUCCAGACAGUUUGUGUCUAAAAAUAAAACUCCACAAUGAAAAGCAGACUUGAGACGCAAGGAUACGAUCAAGCACAUAUAUCAGAUAUUUUUCAACACUUGAGGUUUUAAGCAUGAACACCAACUGAGAUGGAACUUUGAAUAAAUGAACACUUAAUCUUUCAAUUCUGCUUCAAAUCAACACACAGCUGCUAAAUAUGUUGGGUGUGUAUCACUCUGAAGAAGGUCGGCUGUAGCAGACAUCAACAUCUCUUUUCUGUAUUUCAUAUUGUUUGUUUGCAUGACUAAGAAAUGAUCACGAAUCAAAAGAAACCCAAAUAUUAGACCGAAUGAUUUCACGCACAAUAUAUAAAACACAUGUCAGUUUGGCUUUAAAUUCAACUUCAGGUUUAUUGUCCCAGAGAGGGAAAUGUUUCACAGACAGGUACAAACAAAACACAUAAAGACUACUGCAAAAACAAAAAGCCUAAAGUGAGUUUAACUUAUCACCAACUGUGUGACAGAUCAACAUUUUCUAGAUCAGACUCUGUUUACAAAGACCGUGUCAUGAUAUGUUCUGUUUGAGUUCCUGGUUUUCUGUUUCCCUGAAAUAAUUCUCAGAACAGCACCUAACUUCAUCAACAGUACAUAUGGGGUCACAGCCACAGCACUAGCCACCAAACAUCUUUUUAAUUUUGCCUAAUUUCUUUAGCAAAGCGACUAAACACAACUCACCUACUCUCUUCCAAGAGGUGCUGUUCUGAGCAUUAUUUGUGGCUAUAGAGUGGUGUUUUAGUCGUGGCUCUCUGUAUUGCUAUCCUGCGGUCGUUACUAAAGUUGGUAUAACUAGAGAAGCAAGUGGUCGGCAACUUUGGUCUCUCUUAGAGGUGUCUAACUCUAAAUUAAUGAAUUAAUUUUACGCUGGAAGAUUCCUUUAACAGGUAGAAACCUCGAGCAGAACCAGACUCAUGUUAGACAGUCAUCUGCUGAGACUGCGUUGGGUGUAGAGAAGGAGAUGCAGAAAGAGAGAGAUGGACAAAGAUGAGGUUGAUGCAUGUAGGAGGAACCUAUGGCACAAUGGAGCUCAGUGACUCCCAGAAAAGACUGUGUGGUAGUAACUCUAAUGAGACAUGAUGAUUCAAAGUUGAUGAAACAGACAGAAAGAGGAUGGAGAAGGGGGGAAAGGUGCUCAAUAUGCCGGCAUCCUUGGGAAGUCUAAACCUAUAGCAGAUAACUUGGAGCCGGCCUUCACCUUUAUGUUUUACAAACUUAUUCUCUACAGGAAUGUUUGACCCUGAACUCUUUCAGAGUCGUGAGCACCAGACACGAUGACCUCAGUGUGUAAAAAUGUCCUAAUUCUGAAUCCAGUGAAAAUACGAACACACACACACACACACACACACACACCUCCACAAUGAGUCAGGGCAGACCUGUAAACACAGCUAAUCACUUUGAUUCAGCACACGUGUGCAAAGUUUUCUUUCUGCCCAACAUGGUCUGAGUUGUAUUUCUUUACGCCUUUUUGUGUGCCAAAUGUCUUUCAAUCCAGCGGUGAGUUUGUAUGUGUUGGUUGAUUUUAUUGUGAGCUCACUGUCAUCAGUUAUUUUUGCUGUCAGAGGCUCAGAAAUGGCCAAUCCGCUUCACGAAAUGCCUGAUUAAAUAAGAUAAAUUCAUGUUAAAUGCAGGAAAACUCAAACUCCUCAGAGGUAAAAAUAAACUGCACUUAAAUCAUGAUGUGAUUGCUCUGUUUGGCUCCCUCCUGGAUGGCUUUAUAGAGCUACAAGCCUGUUUCACUGCAGGUAAAAUGUGAGAACCUGAACCUCCUGCAGAAAAUUUCCCACCAUUAACCAAAGUGACAUGUGAUUUUGAUUUGUACAGACACAGAGAGGCUGCAUUCUUUCUCUGUAUUCAAGCUCAUAAAACAGCAACAUUAUCCUAUUAAAAAAAAGCACAGCAGUUUGAACUGCACCUCAAGCUGACAACAAAGUAAACAGCCAAUAACAGAGAAGUGCUCGGGUUUAAGCAUCAUUAAGUAAACACCAGGAUUCUGCAUAACAAGGCUGCAGCCGAAGCUAACCAGUGUUUCUGUUCACUUUCAGCUCCAGAGGUUCUCGCCCAGAAGCCUUACAGCAAGGCAGUGGACUGCUGGUCCAUUGGAGUCAUUGCAUACAUCCUGUAAGUGCUGACUUAUAGACUCUGAUGCAUAUUGGAUAUCCUCUAAUAAUUGAUAAUUAUUGUGGUUUUGCCUCCGCCAACUGGAGAAGGUGUGAAAGUUUGUACUCAUGGGUUGACAAAUGCACAAAUUAGUGGCUAGAAAUGUGCGAAGUGGGUCACAGAUUCAGCAGUGUGAGUUUGUACACAGUAGUGUAGAUAUAAGGAAUGAAAGUAGUGGUAACACUUUACAAUAACCAUAAUUUAUAAAUGGUAAAUAGAUAGUUUAUUAAUGUUUAAUCAUCACUUAAAAACAGCAUAAAGACCAAUUAUAAAUGGUAAAUAGUUUAUUAAUGUAAGUUACUUUACCAUUAGCAAGCAAUAAAAUUAUGAUUAAUAAUUUUCAUUAAUUAUUAAUGGACUAUUUAUUAAAGGUUUAUAUAGGGUUUAAAUAUUGGUUGUAAAACAUCUAGAUUUAAAUGUGUGUCAGUAGCACUUUGUAAAUGAUUAAUAUUUGGUUUUUAAACCACCUAUAAACAUUACUUAGAUGGUUAUUGUAAAGUUAGGGUUAGGGUUAGGUUUUUAAAAUUGUAAAAUUUACAGUUUAUUAAUGGUCUAUAUGCUAAGUGUUGCCAACGUAGUUUGUACACUAUAAUCUAGAUAUUGCUCCAUGUAUGUAAACCAUGGACUGUAUAUACUACAGACAACUUGGUUCUGCCUUGCGCCUGUACACGGAUUUGAAGCUCUUGGUAUUUCUGGGUUUUUUAUCCACUUCCCGAAACCAGCGUUGCGCAGUACCAUCGUACGCUUUCCGCAAGAGAGUCGCUGUGAUGACACUCGACUCAAACAGCGUUUCCCUCAGAUGAGCUACGCAAUCUUCGUACACCCAUAGGCUUUAUCAAGGGUCAAUCAUAGAAAACAUGAACCCCCAAUAACUUUUAAAAAUGGAGCUGUACAGAAAAAAGAGGACUUAAACCCAAACCAGUCUUACAGUAACUACAUGUCAACAUCGCAAGCAGGGGGGAGAAAAAUUUAUAUUCUGUGUAAUAAAUUUUUAAAGUUUGUCCACAGCUCCACAGGGAUGGCUGGAGGAGGCGGGAUUUAAGCUGUGUUUGAGUUACCUCAGAAGUCAGAAGUCCGAGCUGGGAAUGAUGUCACAUCCAAGUUACCAAGAAAGCAAAAUCGGAGGCGUAAACAAGAUGGCUACAUCUAUGAAAGUUAUUUUAACACUUACCUUGUCCUUGCUUAUAUUCAGACAAGGCAAGCACUAAAAUAACUCUCAUAGAUGAAGCUAUUUCGUUUCCGCCUCUGAUUUUGUUGUCUUCUGACUUAUGCUGGUAACUGGUGUGUGACGUCAUUCCCAACUCGGACUUCUGACCUCCGAGGUAACUCAAACGCAGCAUUAUGACCUAUACUGCAGCUCGUCACCAGAGGGCGCUGUUCUCGGGGUGGCUUCACUCUGCUAUGAGGCAGACGGCAUCCAUUCUAUAUACAAUCUAUGUAAAAAAACAGAUACUAAAUGUUAAUUAUAACAAACAUUCAUCUGAUUUUUUGUAAAAUAGUCAGCUGUAUAAAAAAGUCACUCUGAUUUCACCCAUUGUACUAACAGUCGCCAUAUUGGAAACAGUGAUCUUUCAACAUCUAGUGAAAAUCAGACACACAUGUGACCCACACUGACUCACCUAUUUGUACACUCGGAGACCACAGGCUGAGUCGUGAUAUACUACAAACUCCUUAAACUUAACAAAAAUAGAUUAUCUUCACAUUCUUGUCGUGCUACUAAGCGUUUUGUCAUCCACUUACAAAUUGCAGCAACAAUCAUCAGUGCAGGAAAAAGCUAACAUGAGCCCGGAGCUGUUGCCCUCGCAGGUCACACAGCUCCGCUCUGCUCCAGAGCUGAACUUGAAACACUUGCAUUGGUCCCAUGUGUGUGUAGUUGUUGAUUUUUCCUUGCUGGUGUUUUUUGUGUGCGAGCGUGUGUACAUGUGUGUGUGAGUGUGUUGGUGAUGUUGCAUGUGUGCCGUCAUCAGAGCCAGAUGGAGCUCUGCUGAACGGCCUUGUAUGGACAUGGAGCUGCAGGCGAAACGUCUUUUCCACUACUUUUGUUUUUCUUCACCUCUCACACACACUCACACACACAUUUGUUUUAGUACAUGCAUAUUGACGUGUUAACGAACUAUAAAAACAUGCAGUUAUGAUCAUUAUCUGUAUUUGCUGUGCGUGUGUGCGUCACCUGUGUUUGUGUGUGUUGACACCCAAAAACGCGACUUUAAUUGUUUAAAAGUGUGCGCAGCGUUCUCCAUCUGUAACUCUUUUUAUGCGUGUGGUAUUUCCACCUGACAGAGACAUUACGAUCUUGAGCGGGGGAGGUCAGCUCUGGGGUCAGGGGUCAGAGGUCAGCAUCAGAUUAAUGAUCCAGAGUGUGUGAGGUUACGGAGAAGAAAGCGCAGACUGCUGUGGGUCUUUUUCAGGGGUGUCUUUGACACAGUGAAAGGACGUCAGUGUCCGACAGAGUCAACCGUCGACCUCAUGUGGACCCUUUUUUUUAUUGGGUCCAGAUCCUUCUAUUCUACUCUGUGCGAUCCUCCUCUUCAACCAAAGCAGCUAGACUUUAGAGCAAGUCCGUGUUUGAGGGAAAUAAAAAGAGAGGAUGACGGGGAGAGAAAAACGAGAAAGAAAGAAAGAAAGAAAGAAAGAAAGAAAGAAAGAAAAAGAAAGAAAGAGAGCGCUGCUGGCUCCCCGCUGGCAAUUAGCACAAUUAGCGUUGGGAUUUAGACCUUGUUAGCUUUUAGCUGCUACUCAGGUGGAAAGAUCACAUCAGGUAAUCAUCCAUGAUAAUCACCUGGGAUUGUGUGUGUGUGUGAAUGUGUGAAUGUGUGUGUUUGUGUGUAUUCAGCAGGAUGGAUAGUGAACGAUAUCAGAGGCUCUGACCGCGUGUGAAUGUAGACAAUAAGGAGAGCCUCUCUUUAUAUCAAGUUUCGUCCCUGUGUGUGUGUGUGUGUGUGUGUGUGUGUGUGUGUGUGUGUGUGUGUGUGUGGUCGUGAGUGUGUUCGAUGUGUGACCAGUCUUAACCCAAAUGAGAAAAACAACAAAAGUGUGUAUUGGGUCAUGCUUGGCAGACUCUUCCUUCCUUCCUUUUUUUUCUAGUGUCUUUUUCUUUGAGUCCCUCUAUGUGGAUGUUUGCUUGUGUGCUUAUGUGUGUGUGUGUAAGUGUGUGAAUCGAUGGAGAACGGCAUUUUAAUGAGUUUUUAUGAAAAUCUCUUGGUGCAUCCAGAACUUUAGUAAUGAGGUGCGGAUGAUGUUUUUGGUUGAGCAGUCUGUUGCUUCACUUGCCUCAUUAAGGAGAAUCAGAGCGGAGCUUUUGUUAAUUUGUGUUCACUAGCAAUUAAAUGUUAUCCUGAGAAAAGGUUAACAGCAGCCAACUACGACUCAGACUGUAGGUGCAGGUCCCCUUUACCGCUAAUAUAAACAGGACACUAUGAGUAUAGGGUGAACGAAUUUGGAAGUACAUAGAUGAUCAUAUUUGUGUAAAAUGGAUAGAUACUAGCAUCAGAAGUGUCCUUGGUUCUAAUAGGUGUACUCUUAAUGUGUCGUCUCAGCAGGACAGACUAACCAGGUAUCAGCAGGCUCUGAAAAACUGACCCUGAGUCUGGUCUAGCAUUAGCUUUCUGAACUGCAUUGAUUAAACUUUAUUAAUCCUGUAGAUUGUAAAUCUUUGUUUUAUUAUAAAUAUUCAAGAAUGAACAUUAUAGACGAUGCUGUGAUUUUUAAAUUACUGUUUGAAAUGUUUGAAUCGCAUCCAUGGCAGAUGGGUUUAUCUGGCAAAGCGUGGGGUGGUGUGGGCUGUAAGAGUAAAUAUGGACCGUCCAUUUACAAAGAGUUAAAGUGUGUAUUUAUUUCAGUUCUCUGUUAAUUGACCAUAGUGUUGAUUUUGGCGCCCCCUGUGGACUAAUUUGCCUCUGCACCUCUUCUUCGUUUAAAGCCAAAAACUCCUUAGUGGGGCUUUAACCCAAGUUUAUAAUUUGGCAACCAAGAGACCGGAGAUGUUGUGUUAAACAUUGAGUCUUAACUCCAGAUUCAGUUUGUUAGAGUUACAUGUAAUUAUUUAUUCUGUAAUUGUGUAAUAACUGUAAAGUAAAAAGAUACGAUUUUCUUAUAGCUCUAAACUGUCAAAUUAUUAUUUCAUUAAAGGGAUAGUUGCACAAAUUGCUGGUGGUAUAACUACUUUAGUAUGACUAUAAAGAUAAACAAUGAGUGAAUGACUGUGUGAAAAAUAAAUGCAACAAUAAAUGAUAAACAGGAACAGAUUCAGUGAAUAACUUUAUCAUUCAAUCAUUGUCUGAUUCCCCUCCUGUCUGCAGUCUCUGUGGUUACCCUCCAUUCUACGACGAGAAUGACUCCAAACUGUUUGAACAGAUCCUGAAAGCCGACUACGAGUUUGACGCGCCGUACUGGGACGACAUAUCAGACUCAGGUGAGUGGAGAUGUCGUCAGCCUCAAUCUUCUUCCCCUCUCUCUCCUUCAUCAUUCACCGUCCACCAUGUGGCACACAUGGACCGCAUACCUCCUCUCCAUCAAAGCCUGUGACGUCAGCAUGUGCCUGGAGUGAAUGUGUUUGGGAAUGUGUGUGUGGUGUGUGAUUGAGAGGGGUGGGGGUUAUCAUCAGACUCCAACUUAGCUAUGUAAGGGCAAUUAAACCAGCUGAGCAGUGUGUGUGUGUGUGUGUGUGUGUGUGUGUGUGUGUGUGUGUGUCUACUGCUUUAUGUCGGGUCUCUUGCAAAAAUAAAAACAAAAGUUUGCAGACCAGAGUUGUUGUUUUUUUAAAGGGAUGAACCUGAUCAUUAGAAAUCUGGGUGUUUCAUAUAUUACUUCAGAUUAUCCAUAAUUUCACAUCUGUAUCACAAACAACUUAAAAUCUCUUUUAAACUUAAAAACACAAUAAAUGGGAAAAAAAAGUUACUGAGGGGGAUCGUAAAUUGUACAUAUUCUUAUGCAGGAAAAUCGCUUCAUAAAAAUAGUUUGAUUUGAUUUAAAAUUAAAUUUUGAUAAAUUUUUUGCUUCUCAUCAGGAUCUUUGACUGAAUUUUGGUCAUAAUACUCAAUUAAAUCUCUCAACUUUUAACAUGUAUCAUAAAAAAUGGAGGAUUUGAACACUUUUACUGCUCACAUUUUUUUUCACAGGCUGGAGAGGGAAGGCUCGCUUCAUUCAAGACACAACAGGCAGCACAAUAACUCUUGAUUUUCAUAUUUUUAGGAUCAUGGGGGGCCAUAAUCGUUAUUAAAAUCUGAUUAUUCACCCAGCUCUACUUUUGGAACCAAAAGUUUUUUGAUAACUUGACGCAGAACUUAUUUCCCAAUCUUUGCUUGCCGCCAUGCUUUUUCAACAGGUUAAAGCCCAUCUGAGCUCAAACUUUAUUAAAAGCUAUUUUUUUAAGCUUUUACAGAGACACUUAAAGGGAUAUUCCGGUGUAAAAUUAAUUUAGGGUCAAACACACUGUAACACCGAGUUAGACACCCCCUCAAGAGAUGAAUGUUGCCGACCGCUCGCUUCUCUAGUUAUACCAACUUUAGUAACAACCACAGAUAGCAGUACACAUCAUUUAUGAUCAUUUCUUUAUCAUUUCCUUGAAGUAAUAAUCACCAUAUUAAUCAUUUUGCAGUACAGUAGUUCUUCUGCCUUAUUGUCUUGGUCUGAUUACAUUUCCAUGAAGAAAUGAUCAUAUAUGUUCUUCCUUGAGCUGCGUCACCCCGCAGCAGUCUGUAAUAGACUGGCCUGAGGUGUCGCUACAAACAAGCGGCUGCUGGAAGAGAGUAGGUGAGUUGUGUUUAGUUAAAAAUAUGUUUGGUGGCUAGAGCUGUGGCUAGGACCCUAUAUGUGCUGUUGAUGAAGUUAGCUGCUGUUCUGAGCAUUAUUUGUGGCUAUAGAGUGGCGUUUUGGUUGAGGUUUGUUUAUGGCUCCUCAGACCGCUGUGUAUUGCUAUCAUAUGGUUGUUACUAAAGUUGGUAUAACUAGAGAAGCAAGUGGUCAGCAACAUUUAUCUCUCGACAGAGUGUCUAACUUGGUGUUACGGUGUUUGAUCCUAAAUGAGUUUUACACCAGAUUAUCCCUUUAAAUUGCCCAGAGGAGGAUCUUAAUGUCUUAUGUUACUGUUUUCCUUAACUAACACAAUUAAGUCAGUAUCUGUGGUUUUAAUGUCACAGUUUACAGGCUCACACCUGUGCAAUCAGAUGUCCUACAGUUUGGUUUUCACAAAGAGUUGAUUCUCGAUGCUGGUUCAGAGUUGUUUUUUUUAUUGACCUUUAUGAGAUUCAUGUUUUCUCUCUCCUAGCCAAGGAUUUCAUCGGCAAUCUGAUGGAAAAAGAUCCAGUCAAGCGUUUCACCUGUGAACAGGCACUCAGACACCCGUGGUGAGAAACUCACACAGACUUACAAAAUGACAUAAAAUCGAUACAAGUAUUGAUGUACAGUCAGGAGUGUUCUCACAGAGUUUGUUCACCACAUGUGUGUUUUUUUGUGUCUGGACUUGUGUGUUCAGGAUUGCUGGGGAUACAGCACUCUGCAAGAACAUCCAUGAAUCAGUCAGUCGGCAGAUCAGGAAAAACUUCGCCAAGAGCAAAUGGAGGGUAAAUGUUGUUUACUGCUGUCUAUUCUUUGAGGUUUUGGCUCUGGUGCAGCAGACUUGUAUAAAUCCAGCACUCCUGCUCAAACGAUUGUCUGCAUUUUUGAAGAUGAAUCACUGCGUUGUAAAAACUUGGCCUGCUCUGAGGUUUACAGUUCACCUUAGUCAUCGUCUUUUCUGCGCAAACUUUUACAAGAAACACUUGAAACAAAUUCCACUUUCCUCAAGACCUGCUCUUCACAGUGUGUCAUUUUCAGCUUUGGGUGUUAAUAGCACAUCCAGCUCGUGUAAUAUCUGAACCUCAGGUGGUUUUAAUGGAAGAUAAACUGUAACAGAGGACCAUAUCACAGUGUUUUAGCACAGGCUCAUUGAAAGCAGAUUCUUGACUUCAGCUUCAAAGCCGCUUUUAGUGAAAAAUCACGUUUUGACCUUUUCUAUGACAUAAUCUGUAAGAAAUCUCAAAUAUAAUCCCACUAAUGCAGUACAUUUAUGGAGCACAGAGCUCAUGAUAGACAUAAAAAUGUCAAUGAAUAAAACCGGCACAGACUUUUCAACAGUUUAGCUUUUUUUGCCUCUUUCUAAGUUCUUAUUUGGAAAACGCCCCAAACUGUUAUUUCACAUCCAAACCUACAAAAUCAUGAAAACCAUUUUUUGAGUAAAUAUAAUGCAAUAAAAGACAUAUUUAGUAGUAUUCUUCAUCCUCUCCAGCAAGCGUUCAAUGCCACCGCCGUGGUUCGGCACAUGAGGCGGCUGCAGCUUGGCAGCAGUAUGGGGAGCAGCAUGGACGCCUCGAACGCACAGAACAGGCCGAGCCAGACGCAGAAACCUGCCCAGAGCCAGAGCCAGAGCCAGGCGGGCCAGAACCAGCCCACACAGAGCCAAAACAGCGGCCAGGCAGCGCAAAGCCAGAGCGCCAACACGGCCGCCAACAAAGCAGCUUCCACAGACAACAACAUCGCAGCUCCACGCAAGGAAUGUAAGUACGAGUCAGUGGAAUCAGCCGCACUGCCAAUUUAAGAGAACAUGUGUUUCACAAGAAUUGAACAGGCGCGUAAUAUUGAGAAGUUGGAUCAUUUUGAGGAGAAGCACCAGCAACCUUUUACACUUAAGAUUAUAUCCAUGAAAUCACUGACAACUUUACUCAUCCACAAGCGUAGAUCAUCUCAUCCGCACGAAAAUAUAACACCGCUAAAUUAUAAUGUAGUAGUAUUUUGAGGUUAUUUCUAGGGAUGAACUGAUAUGGAUUUUUUGGGGCUGAUGCCGAUUAUUAGGGGGGAAAAAUCUGAUUACCAAUUAAUGAGCCGAUUUUUUUUAUGAAGUUAUAAAUAUAUAUAUAUAUAUAUAUAUAUAUACAUAUACAUAUAUAUGUAUAUAUACAUAUAUAUAUAUAUAUAUAUACAUAUAUAUGUAUAUGUAUAUAUACAUAUAUAUGUAUAUAUACAUAUAUAUGUAUAUAUAUAUACAUAUAUGUAUAUGUAUAUAUACAUAUAUAUGUAUAUAUACAUAUACAUGUAUAUGUAUAUAUACAUAUAUAUGUAUAUAUAUGUCUAUAUACAUAUAUAUGAAUAUAUAUAUACAUAUAUAUGUAUAUAUAUAUGUGUAUAUAUAUAUACAUAUAUAUGUAUAUAUAUGUCUAUAUACAUAUAUUUGAAUAUAUAUAUACACAUAUAUGUAUAUAUAUAUGUGUAUAUAUAUAUAUGUAUAUGAGGUAGUUAGUAGAUGAACAUUGUCAUGAGGUCGCUGCGCCAUCUACAGGAUAAGUUGGGGAACUUUUCAAAUGGCGGACCAUUUUCGCAGUGAAACCGAAUCUUAUUCUCCGCAUUUUAUUUCUGAAAAUAUUGAUGAAAAUCAGCGAGUUUUGGCCGAUUACCAAUUAGUCUCAAACGGGCUAAAAUUGGCGAAUUUAAUCGGCUCGCCGAUAAAUCGGUCGGGCCCUAGUUAUUUCACAUUGUAGCUUUAUUUGCACCUCAUCAUGCCUCCCUUCUCUCAGGUGUUACUGCACCAGCCACACCCUGCAGUCUGGCGUCUGCAGCUUCUUCUCCCGCAGCCGGCGCCGAGCUGAACCGGCCACACCCCUCGGCGGUUCCUGCCCCGGUGCUCACGGAGACCAAGUGACGCCAGGUCCCGCGGGGAACCAGCUGGGAGGCCACAGCGCUGUGAGGCAAAGUGAAGAGGGGGGAUAGGAUCUCCUUCUUACCUCCCUCUCCUCACUGCAUUUCCAUUUGGAUGCGCCGCCCAACCGGUUCCCCGCCCUGCUCCUGGGAGAGCAGAGGACUUUACCUCCGCCCGACUUUUCCAAGCCAAACAGCAGCACCAUGCUGUGAACCCACCACCUAACCACCAGGAUGCUGUUUGGGGACCCUUCAGCCACGGCAGCGACAGACUCUCACUGAGGCUGCUUCACGGCUGGCUGUGAUUGGUUGCUGUCUGACGAUGAGUGGUUGUCGACUUCUGCGAGUCUGAGAAGUGAUUGUCGGUUCAUGGUGACGAUGGUGGUGUUAUAUUAUAUCAGUGUCUGUCAACAUCAACUUCCCUCUUGAAUCUAGCCUGUCCUUCGCCACUUUGUGUAGCUUUUUCCUUUCCUUUGAUUUGACUGGAAUUUAUCCUUUUUUGUUUCUAGUCGUAUUUAUUUAAAGGUGGUAUGUGUAACUUUUAAAAAAGGGUAAUCAUUGUCACAUUUAUGUUGUUGUUUCGGUUCUUUUAUUAACAUUUAUUAAAAGGGCGAAGAGGAUUGGUUGCCUCAACUUCACACACGCUGUCCAAAUCUACUCUUAUAAAUGUUUAAAUGUAACGUAGAGUCUUGACUUUAUUUGCUUACGUAUCGGUCAAAUGUGACAAUGAUUAAUCCACGCUGAAAAUCUACCUAUAGCACCUUUAAGACAUCGAAGACAUGUCCUUACGAGCUUGUUUGUUUGUUUGUUUGUUUGUGCUUUAAGAAGUGCUUUAAAAAGUACCAUACGACUGUUCAGAUAUGAAAACAUGAGUAAGCGCUUUAUGUAUUUUGCACAGAGAAGGUCAGAUAAGUUCUCAGACACAGACGUGCCGCCGUCCACCUUCGUUGAUCAGAGUAGAGAUUGUAAGCCUUUAUUUAAGGAAUUUCACCUCGAGUGGAUGUACGAGCAUUGUCUGAAACUUUCUGAUUUGUUUCUUAUUUUUUUCUUACACUUUAAGACUUUUAUAAGAAUCGCCCUUUAAGGGGCACACAUACAGGCAAUGAUAAAACAUGCAGCAAGUAAAGAAAAAGAGUUCAAGGGAUGUUUUGGAGAGCUGGCUCCACUUAUUUCUGAUAGAUUUGAUCUCUGAUGGUUGAAUUUUGAGGUUUGAAACCAUCUGAGAUCUUUAAUGCCUCCCUCAUGGGUCUUCAGAGUGUUGUAUUUUUUUCUUUUUGCAUUUGCAGAGAUAAAACCCAACACGGAGAAUCAGCUGCAUGUUCCCUCCCCUCUCUCUGAAGAAGCCAUGAUCUCACUUUUUUUGCGCCCGGUUUCGGAAGUGCUCAGGGAAAACUGCAGCCGCACUGUGAGCUGGCAAACACAGAUUUCCUGGUUUAGGUUCUUCUGUCAGUGCUUCGGUUCAGUCGUUGCGGCGUCACAGUCAAUGAUCCAGGGCUUCAGAUGUUUUUAGCUGUGCACUUAUUCUGUGUUGUUGUGACGCGUCAAAAUGUACUGCUUCCCUGUGACUGUCGAGGACUCGGACAUUUCAAACGGCUUUUCCACCAAGGACUCAAAAGGGAUUUGGACUUGACUGUCUUUUGCAGGAUGUACAAUCAGUUUCAUUAUUUUGGCUGUUUUACUCUGUGGAUGCAAUCUCCAACUCUGAAAUAACCACAGCAAAGCAGUUUUCUGGAGGAUCGGUCGGGUCUUUGUGGUCCCUUUGCACCUCAACAGUAGACAGACUUGUUAAAUUAUCGGCUAUAAACAUAAAGAUGGAUUAUGCCCUUUCAUCCUUUCAGAUUUCACCAAAAUAAAUCAGAGAUACUCCUCCCUGUGAGUGCUGACAUGUUACACAUUUGACACCAGUCUUCCCAGUUGGAAACCACCAGAUUAUUGCAUCAGUUAGAGGCAGAUACAGGAAGUUCAAUGGCUCUAGUGUAGGAGUUUAAGGCCUUGUCCAUAUGGAAAAGGAAUUCGGGAGUAAACGCAAAUGGUAUUUGUCCACACAGAAACGGCAUUUUGGGUGACUUUACUUUCUGAAAAUGGGUCACAGAGUCCACAGACAACUAUUAUUUUUGGGCAGCAGUAGCUCAGGAGGUAAAGCGGUCAUCCGAAAACUGGAAGGUUGGCGGUUCAGUUCCCUCAUUCCUAGUUUGUCUGUUGUGUCCUUGGUCAAGACACUUUCCCUACCUUGCUCCCAGUGUGUGUCCUCCGCUGGUGUUGCUUCAGAUAAACGCCUCUGCUAAAUGACUUCUUUAAUUCUGUAAUAUGUUUUGUUUCCGUCUGGAUUCCUAUCCGCGUCUUUCUUGAAACGAUUGUCACACACAGCAAAAAGGCAUGCUUCGUACUCUUCUUCUAUCUUGGUGCAUUUCCAGGGAAGCGUUACAGCGCCACUAACUGGCUUGACAAACACGCUACAUCAUUUUCUGUUGUUGUCAGUGGUUUCGUGUUUAACGGAUAUUUCCUGAAACAACUCUGUCUUUGCAGAAAACUUAUUCAAAAUAUUGUUUUCGUUUCCAUGUGGACAAGGUCUAAGUGUCUCUUAUUGUUUCUCUCAUUUUCUCUUCUUAGUCUGUUAAAAUGGGGUCAUCCUCCCUCCCCUCUCUGCUCUGUAGGUGUUAAACGGACAGACUUAAGUCCAAAGUCUGGAGUCCCCCUUCCCCUUUCUUGACCCUGACAUGACCGCAGUAGUUUAGAUUGUGUCACUUGCUGUAAAAGACAUUACUCAGAUACUCAGAGAGCAGAGCUGUACAAUGCUGGAUGCUCACACAUAUAUCAGAUUGUCAUGUCUUUGUCAGAUGCAACACGACUGAUCCCUUUAUUGUGAGUUUUAGCCAAAGACUAGAGCUAGGUAAGAAAACAGUUUGCUUCCCUCUUUGUGAUGAAUUAAUGAGAGCCCGACUGGUCUAGAAAGGAAGCUUUUGAUUCACAAAUGGACUCAAAUUAAGGGCUGAAGUUAAUCUGAAGAGAAAUGCAUGAACCUUUGAUCCCCGUCCAACAUCCUGCCAUUCCCCUGUUUGUUUAAGUACACAGAGUGGUGCUGAAAAAAUGCCUGCAGGUUUUUUCAAAGUACUUGUAUUAAUCUGUUUGAAACUGGAAGAAAGUCUAUUUACUGCACACUGAAAUAUCUUUAAGUCUCACCCCUGCUCUGUCGAAUCGGCUCACUGUGCACUUUGGUGCAUUUAACGUCCAAUUCUCUGACGCUGACAUUGAAGCGUUCCUAAUCUAAAAUUUGCAAUCAUGAUCUCAGUUCUUUAACCGCAGCACCUCUUUUCUCUAAUAAGCUCUGAAAGGACAAUUCCAGCAUGCUUGGUUUCUCCCUAAUCAACCGUCAACUCGGGCAAUACUUGGCAAGCUUUCGGCUCUAUCUUUAGCUCCAAACUCAGAGCCUGUUUGUUUCCACUUGAGACAAAAAUCUCUGAAAAUAAGUUAGGAAAGUAAAGCUUGAAUUAUGGAUUUUUUGGGGGGUACUGAAGAUGGCCAUUUUAGCUCCUGUGAGGGGAUUAUUUGCAUGUCAAAAAAGCAGACUAGAGUUGUAUCUGAUGCCUCUUUAUUAGAGACAGAAUAAAUCCAAGCAAAGUCGAAUUAGCUGCGUUUACAUGGGUCGUUAAAUCCCACUUACAAUCGAAUUAAACUCCCAAUUAGAUCAAAAAUGUUCCAUGUAGCGGAUCCAAUUCACUCGGAUCGUAUAAAAUUCAGAUCUGAUUGUAGGAGGUAGUCUAUGUCCAUUGACAAUACAAUUGAUGCCACAUAUAAACGGUUGACCAGAUCGUAUUCGGUUGAUAGACUGGAUUAUUGGUUUUGCACAAGCGCCCAAGUAUGUAUGGUCACAGGAAAUAGAAAACCCAGACAUUACGACCAAAACACAACUACUGUAGUCAACAAGUAGAAAAAUCGGACAGUGCUAGAAACAAACUUUUUAAUCACGCAAUGGCAAGAUUAUUGGUGGCUUUGGAGGCAUAGGAGCUAAUCAAUCGGAUUCAGCUGGGCCCAAGUACACGCAGACUAAAUGUGGAUCGCUUUAUUUAAACUUCAUUUACAGAGGUCACAUCCGAUUCACUCAAUAUGAUUAUUUUCAAUCGAAUUGAGGAAAAUGUUGCACGUAAACGCAGCUAAUGUUAGCAGAAUAAAGUCACUUUGUCGUAGAUUUGGCUCAUGGUGAGCAGCCAGAUGCCGAGAGGAGGCACUUGAAAGAUUUUGGCUCUCCAGCCUCGCACUUUUUUAAGUAUUGCGGCUUUCCUAGUACCUUUAAAAAAAAGUCGCUUGAGGCAGAGAAUAGGUCCUGUAUAUUUCCGCAAUCGCCAAUGAUUAACACGCGCACAUCAGAUAUAAUUUAUGUACACUUUGCGACGCGUAUCAGUGCAAAGCAAAGAACAUAAAGCGUGGUCAACAAAAAUUAAGGCUACCUAGGCUCACCUCUGCACCCCAGUGCAGGUAAGACCGCCCCUUAUAUAAACUACCGGCUUUCAAACACAGUGCCCACGUGACCCAAGCCCAGCAAAACCAAAAGCAACCAGACAAAAGUAAUUGAACACAGGAUAACUGAUCAGCAAAACAACAUUAUGACUCCUAAGACUCUGACUGUGCUAAAAGCUGAGAUGUGGCGCCCCCCAUCAAACCAGCAUUAUGUUGCUAUACCUCGAGUAAACUAACCAUUUUUAACCUUUUUUUCUCAAAUUUUAACAUUUUUAAGACCCUGUGAAGUUCUGAAAUGCAGCCACCAGAGGAGCCAAAGACAGAAAUUAAAGGUAAAAACAAAAAGAGGUUAAAAAAUUUAGAUUUUAAGAAAGAAAAAUCAACUCCAUGUGGUUCAUAGCUGUAUGAGAAAUGUUCCUGCAUUCAGCUUGUCACUCCUGUCUUGUACUCUUUGGUUUGUGUUAUUGUAAAAGCCUUGCAAGUACACAACCACCAUAACAAAUACAGCCAUUUUUGAUUAUCAAAAAGAAACAAGCUGGAAUUGUCUUUCAACAAAGAGCCUUAUUCCCCUCAUACCCUCAGACUCCGGACGCUCCUUCCAGAUCUUCUGCUUUGCUGUUGAAACACAUGAACUUUGCAUCAGCUGUUUUUGCUCUGACAUGGUUUAUAAUUUCAGACAAACGUAACAAUAACAUUGCAAUUACUGCAUGUUGUCCCAGCAGCUGUUUCAGUCAUACUAAGGUCUUAGUCAGUAUAUCUGAUUGUUUGUUAUUUCUAAACGUGCUCUCCUCUCUCGAAAGCACCCACACGUCUUCUACUGCAUGACUUGACAGUUCAGAAAUGUAUUUUUAGCUCUGGUAUUGUUUUUUUUUAGUGAGUUCACAUUGUGUCACAUUUUCUCUUUUAACCAAACACUUGAGUCGGUUUGUGUAAUUAUUCAUGCAUUACUAAGAGGGAUUUUCAGCCAUAUAAGGGCUUUAUUCCUAUAAUCACCCUAAACUUAUUAUUCACUGUAACCAUGCUUUCAUACCCAGUGAUUGCUAUGCAUUUUCUAAACAUUUGAACUGUGUCGUCUGUGUUUUUUUUUUGUUUUUUUCCUAGAUGUAGAAUUGGAAAAAAAAAAUCAGCACCAGUGGUUAAAAUAAUAAAUUAGUGGAAGACACAAUAUCAAUCUCUAAACCAUAAUUAAUUGUUAUUUUUUAAUGAGCUUCAUUGUUUAAGCGGUCUACCAGGUUUCUCUCUGGCACUAAUGAUAUUUCCGUAUCGUCAGCUAACACUGUAAAGUUUGUUUUGUUUAAUGUGAUGUGGUCGGGACGUUUGGGUUUAUGAAUGUACACGUGAGGCAGGCUGAGGGUUCGGGUUCAUGCUGCUCUGUGGUUAGAAAUGUACAUGUCUGCUGUAAAAAAAAAAAACAACAACAAAACAAAACAAAAACGACUUUUUUCUGAAUGAAUAUUUCAGUGUAAAAGAUGCUCCUGUAAAUAGAUGUGAAUAUGAAUGAUCAUUUUCAAGAUAACGUAAUGUUUGAUGUUCAGGCAUGUGAGGGUGGAUGAGUGAGAGAGCGAGUGUGUGUCGAGGGAAGUUGAUUGUAUUCUCUUUGGAAUGUUUCAUGUAAAAAAAAAAAGCUGAAUUCCCCUUUAUUUCCCACUGCAGUUUGCUUUCAUGAACUGUCAGGAACUGCGUGGCUGCAACCUGCAAAGCUACUCAGCGCAGUUUUAACGCCAUCGGUGUUUCACAACCGCUUUAGCGCACCUGAAUGUAAACGUCAGGGGCGGCCUAAAGUGAAAGCAACGUUUACUGAACUCAGGCUUCUGUUUUUGCCAUUCUGAAGGAAGAAAUCCAAAGCUGUGAUCGACUAAGAAACACACUGUUAAGUGAUGAUGGGCGGCUGCGGCCCGCUCUCCUCUUUGUGCUCACUCUUCUUGGACCGUUUCUUUUUUUUAAAGGAAGACGGUUCUCAAAGCCGUGUCGUCAAAAAAAAAAAGAUGAAAACACAAGCAUGUUUAAAAAAGUGCUUCAAGAAUUCAACAUCACCAAUGAGUGUUUAUCUUGUAUGCCCUUGUAUGAUGUUAGUACCUUUGUAUUAUGUAAAGGCGCACACAGAUCGAGAUGCCAGAGUCUGCAUGAAGCAGAGUAUUUGGUUUCAGUCCUAAAAAACAGUUUUUAUUUCUUUGAAUGUUGUCAACAGAAAACAAUCUUGACUGUGGUGGCUGUUCUUGGGUCUGUGGGUCUGGCAGCACCAGACUGUCUUUCAAAACCUUUUCCAUCAAUGGCAGAUGCACCAACCCAAUCACAGUCCUGCAUUCAAGGGGAUAUUCGGGUGCAAAAUGAAUUUAGGGUCAAACACACCAUAACACCCCCUUGAGAGAUAAAUGUUGCCGACCGCUUGCUUCUCUAGUUAUACCAACUUUAGUAACGAUUGCAUGAUAGCAAUACACAGCGGUCUGAGGAGCCAUCAACAAACCUCAACCAAAACGCCACUCUAUAGCCACAGAUAAUGCUCAGAACAGCAACUAACUUCCUAGCUACAGCGGGGUGACGCAGCUCAAGGAAGAACAUUUAGUCCGUAAUGGACUGGCCUGAGGUCUCGCUACAAACAAGCGGCUGCUGGAAGAGAGUAGGUGAGUUGUGUUCUGACUCUUUGCUAAAGAAAUCAGGCAAAGUUAAAAAGAUGUUUGGUGGCUAGUAUUAUGGCUAGGACCUUAUAUGUACUGUUGAUGAAGUUAGGUGCUGUUCUGAGCAUUAUUUGUGGCUAUAGAGUGGCGUUUUGGUUGAGGUUUGUUUAUGGCUCCUCAGACCGCUGUGUAUUGCUAUCAUGCGGUCGUUACUAAAGUUGGUAUAACUAGAGAAGCAAGCGGUCAGCAACGUUCAUCUCUCACGGGGGUGUCUAACUCGUGUUUUGGUGUGUUUGACCCUAAAUUAAUUUUACACCAGAAUAUCCCUUUAAGAUACUGAUAUCGCAUUGUUGCUUUUUCACUAUAUUAAUUCCAUCAAAUGACAAACAAUAUUGCUGAAUUUGAGUGCAUGUCGCCGCUCUCCACAAAUGUAAAGACAUGCUAAUAAGAACGGCUCUGCUUCUCAAGAACUGUUUGUAUGACUGAAACUGUAACUAACCUGCUUUAUGGAGUUGGUGUCUCCCUGUGGGCGUCCUCGUCCAGGGCCUGCUGAGUCAGCUGGCUGUAUUGUAUUUACUCUCUGCAUGUGACCACGACAAACUCUCAUCCUGUGCACCGUCGCUAUGCCGACGACACCCUCAUGUUUCAGAGUGAGCACCGCCUGCAGCACUUCUUGCGCUGGGAUGAUGAUGAUGAUGAUGAUGAUGAUGGCGAUGAAGAUGACUUUCUGUUAAUGGGGCUUGUAUAUCAGAUGCCUUCGACAAUCAUGUGCACAUAUCAGAGCUACCAUGACGACACAGGCCAGAGCGACUGAUUGUGUUUCAUUUGUCUUUCUCCUGGAAUAAAUCCUGAAUGAUCAUA